CUCAGCAACACCAAUGCCCUUUUCACCAAAGCUGCCUUUAAAGUAUCAAUUUAGCACAUGCUAAAAGAACAUCACAGACCAUCAUGAUGGGCGAGGUACCUGGACAGCAGGAAGCCUUGGACCCAUUUUUCAGCAUCAUAACUAGGUAGGACUGCGAUAAUUCCAUUUUAUGGGCAGAGAUCCCUUUUAUAUUCAUUUUUACCAACAACCAUUUGUAGGUUGACUUCUGUAUUAAAUUAAAGACUAUCAGUUAAAGCAAAUUAAACAAACACUACAGACACAAAGUAAGGUUAAGGUCUUACCUUGUAUUAAACAAACUUGGACACUCUCCCAUCACCUGCAAUGCAGAUAAAUUCUGAGUUGAAUUCUAAUGCCAUGCAUUUUAUAACUUCAUACAGAAAGAGGUCCCAUUUAAAAAAUCAUUCCUGUCAUACAAGUAUCUGUAAUAAUCCAUUGACUAGCAGUGAGAUAAUGGCCCAUCCAUCUUCAUGGAGAUCACUUUAAUAUCUAGGGAGCCAUUCCCAGAAUAUUCCAGAUAAUGAAAAUUUGUUUCCACGUUGCUUGCUUUUGUCUUUUUGCAUAUAUGAACUCAUAUGGGCCAUUACUGGCAUGUAUAGGACUGCUGUUUCAGUUUCCCAGGAAUAUUUCAUUAGAAUUGGUAGUGGCAUUGCUCACUAGAAGGACACCACCAUAACUUAUCAGGAUUACUUACCAAAGUCCCUCCAGUAAUCCUUUACUCCUCUGUCUGCUAAGCAUCAGAGCUGUACAGAACAUCCCAAUCCCAAAUUAAAGAUUAGACUGAAAGCUAUGAUAGCCAUUUGCAAAUAUCUCAAGGGCUGUCACAUGGAGCAAGCUUAUAUUCUCCUUCUCCAGAGGGGAGGACCUAGCUUCAAAUUGCAAGAAGGGAGAUUCCGACUAAACAUCAGUAAGAACUUUUUGACAGCAAGAGCUGUUCGGCAGUGGAACGGAUUCCCAUGGGAGGUGGUGGACUCUCCUUCCUUGGAGAUAUUUAAGCAGAAGUUGGGUGGCCAUCUGUCAGGGAUGCUUUAGUUGAGAUUCCUGCAUUGCCGGGGGGUUGGACUAGAUGACCCUCAGGGUCUCUUCCAACUCCACAAUUCUACUAUUCUAUUAACACAGCGAGACUUAACCCCACGCUAUCAAAUGUGAGAAAAGCAGCCUCAUUUUUGCACAGAGGAUAUUUUGUAGUUACUUCUAACACCUGGAAACAACAUCCCAGCAUGGGCAUAGCCAGGAUUUUUGUGGCUCCCCCCAAAAUGUUUUUUUUGGGGAGAUGCCCCCCCAAAUAGUUGAACUUCGUCCAAAAAGUUGUUGAGCAUUUUUGGAAGACUGCCCCCCAAAAUUGUUAAAAUUGAGUGUUUUCAAAGCUCAUCCAAAACAUUGUUGAGCUUUGGGAGACCGCCCUGCCCAAAGUUGUUAAUUUAAUGUUUUCUAAGCUUUUCAAUAUUUUUUUAAGAUUUGGGAGGUGGGGCAGAUGCCCCCUCCCCUGCCUCCAUGAAUGCCAGCCUACACGUCCCCCCUAGAAAAUUUCCUGUGUUGUUAUUAUUAUUAUUAUUAUUAUUAUUAUUAUUGAUUUAUUUAUACCACAUCUUCCCCCCACCCCCACGACAUGGACUCAGGGCAGCUUACAGAUUAAAAGCAAGAAAAGUUAAAAACACAGAGGAAUAGAAACCUCAACAUUUUAAAAAAAAAAAAGCAACAGAUGUCUCACAGAGACAUAUAGGAACAUAUUCCAAAACUGAUAGAACUCAACUGCCUCAGAGCCCUUCGCUCCACCCCCUGACGGAGAAACCCCAUCAUUGAAGAUAAUUUUGCUGUUGUUCUUUAGUCGUUUAGUCGUGUCCGACUCUUCUUGACCCCAUGGACCAGAGCACGCCAGGCACUCCUGUCUUCCACUGCCUCCCGCAGUUUGGUCAGACUCAUGUUUGCAGCUUCGAGAAUACUGUCCAACCAUGUCAUCCUCUGUCGUCCCCUUCUUGUGCCCUCCGUCUUUCCCAACAUCAGGGUCUUUUCCAGGGAGUCUUUUCUUCUCAUGAGGUGGCCAAAGUAUUGGAGCCUCAGCUUCACGAUCUGUCCUUCCAGUGAGCACUCAGGGCUAACUUCCUUAAGAAUGGAUGCGCUUGAUCUUCUUGCAGUCCAUGGGACUCUCAAGAGUCUCCUCCAGCACCAUAAUUCAAAAGCAUCAAUUCUUCGGUGAUCAGCCUUCUUUACGGUCCAGCUUUCACUUCCAUACAUCACUAAUGGGAAAACCAUGGCUUUCACUAUACGGACCUUUGUUGGCAAGGUGAUAUCUCUGCUUUUUAAGAUGCUGUCUAGGUUUGCCAUCGCCUUUCUCCCAAGAAGCAGGAGUCUUUUAAUUUCGUGCUGCUGUCACCAUCUGCAGUGAUCAUGGAGCCCAAGAAAGUAAAAUCUCUCACUGCCUCCAUUUCUUCCCCUUCUAUUUGCCAGGAGGUGAUGGGACCAGUGGCCAUGAUCUUCGUUUUUUUUGAUGUUGAGCUUCAGCCCAUAUUUUGCGCUCUCCUCUUUCACCCUCAAUAAAAGGUUCUUUAAUUCCUCCUCACUUUCUGCCAUCAAGGUUGUGUCAUCUGCAUAUCUGAGGUUGUUGAUAUUUCUUCCGGCAAUCUUAAUUCCGGCUUGGGAAUCAUCCAGCACAGCCUUUCGCAUGAUGAAUUUUGCAUAUAAGUUAAAUAAGCAGGGAGACAAUAUACAGCCUUGCCGUACUCCUUUCCCAAUUUUGAACCAAUCUAUUGUUCCAUAUCCAGUUCUAACUGUAGCUUCUUGUCCCACAUAGAGAUUUCUCAGGAGACAGAUGAGGUGAUCAGGCACUCCCAUUUCUUUAAGAACUUGCCAUAGUUUGCUGUGGUCGACACAGUCAAAGGCUUUUGCAUAGUCAAUGAAGCAGAAGUAGAUGUCUUUCUGGAACUCUCUAGCUUUUUCCAUAAUCCAGCGCAUGUUUGCAAUUUGGUCUCUGGUUCCUCUGCCCCUUCGAAAUCCAGCUUGCACUUCUCGGAGUUCUCGCUCCACAUACUGCUUAAGCCUGCCUUGUAGAACCUUGCUAGCAUGUGAAAUGAGUGCAAUUGUGCGGUAGUUGGAGCAUUCUUUGGCACUGCCCUUCUUUGGGAUUGGGAUGUAGACUGAUCUUCUUCAAUCCUCUGGCCACUGCUGAGUUUUCCAAAUUUGCUGGCAUAUUGAGUGUAGCACCUUAACAGCAUCAUCGUUUAAAAUUUUAAAUAGUUCAGCUGGAAUAUCAUCACUUCCACUGGCCUUGUUGUUAGCAGUGCUUUCUAAGGCCCAUUUGACUUCACUCUCCAGGAUGUCUGGCUCAAGGUCAGCAACCACACUACCUGGGGUGUACGAGACAUCCAUAUCUUUCUGGUAUAAUUCCUCUGUGUAUUCUUGCCACCUCUUCUUGACGUCUUCUGCUUCUGUUAGGUCCUUUCCACUUUUGUCUUUUAUUAUGGUAAACUUUGUACGAAAUGUUCCUUUCAUAUCUCCAAUUUUCUUGAACAGAUCUCUGGUUUUUCCCAUUCUAUUGUUUUCCUCUAUUUCUUUGCAUUGCUCGUUUAAGAAGGCCUUCUUGUCUCUCCUUGCUAUUCUUUGGAAAUCUGCAUUCAAUUUCCUGUAUCUUUCACUAUCUCCCUCGCAUUUUGCUUGCCUUCUCUCCCCCGCUAUUUGUAAGGCCUCGUUGGACAGCCACUUUGCUUUCUUGCAGUUCCUUUUCAUUGGGAUGGUUUUAGUUGCUGCCUCCUGUAUAAUGUUACGAGCCUCCAUCCAUAGUUCUUCAGGCACUCUGUCCACCAAAUCUAAAUCCUUAAACCUGUUCCUCACUUCCACUGUGUAUUCAUAAGGGAUUUGACUUAGAUUGUAUCUUACCGGCCCAGUGGUUUUUCCUACUUUCUUCAGUUUAAGCCUGAAUUUUGCUAUAAGAAGCUGAUGAUCUGAGCCACAGUCAGCUCCAGGUCUUGUUUUUGCUGACUGUAUAGAGCUUCUCAAUCUUUGGCUGCAGAGAAUAUAAUCAAUCUGAUUUCGAUGCUGCCCAUCUGGUGAUGUCCAUGUGUAGAGUCGUCUCUUGUGUUGUUGGAAAAGCGUGUUUGUGAUGACCAGCUUGUUCUCUUGGCAGAACUCUAUUAGCCUUUGCCCUGCUUCGUUUUGAACUCCAAGGCCAAACUUGCCAGUUGUUCCUUUUAUCUCUUGACUCCCUACUUUGGCAUUCCAAUCCCCUAUAAUGAGAAGAACAUCCUUCUUUGGUGUCAUUUCUAUAAGGUGUUGUAAGUCUUCAUAGAAUUGGUCAAUUUCAGUUUCUUCAGCACCAGUGGUUGGUGCAUAAACUUGGAUUACUGUGAUGUUAAAAGGUCUGCCUUGGAUUCGUAGCGAGAUCAUUCCAUCAUUUUUGAGGUUGCAUCCCAGUACAGCUUUCGCCACUCUUUUGUUGACUAUGAGGGCCACUCCAUUUCUUUUACGGGAUUCUUGCCCACAGUAGUAGAUAUGAUGGUCAUCCGAACUGAAUUCCCCCAUUCCCAUCCAUUUUAGUUCACUGAUGCCCAGGAUGUCAAUAUUUAUUCUUGCCAUCUCAUUUUUGACCACAUCCAACUUACCAAGGUUCAUGGUUCUUACAUUCCAGGUUCCUAUGCAGUAUUUUUCUUUACAGCAUUGGACUUUCCUUUCGCUUCCAGGCAUAUCCGCAACUGAGCGUCCUUUCGGCUUUGGCCCAGCUCUGAAUCAGCUCUGAAUCUACUUGUACUUGUCCUCCGCUCUUCCCCAGUAGCAUGUUGGACACCUUCCGACCUGAGGGGCUCAUCUUCCAGUGUCAUAACUUUUAUAAGCCUGUUGCCUUUGUCCAUGGAGUUUUCUUGGCAGGGAUACUGGAGUGGCUUGCCGGUUCCUGCUCCAGGUGGAUCACGUUUGGUCAAAACUCUCCACUAUGACCUGUCCAUCUUGGGUGGCCCUGCACGGCAUAGCUCAUAGCUUCUCUGAGUUAUUCAAGCCCCUUCGCCACGGCAAGGCAGUGAUCCAUGAAGGGGAUUAAAGAUAAUAAUAAUAAUUAUUAUUAUAGAUUUAUUUAUACCCUGCCUCCCCCCCCUGCCCCCACAACAGGGACUCAGGGCGGCUUACAGACUAAAACAAGAAAAGUUAAACACAAAGAGGAAUAGAAAGAAACCCCAACAUUUUUUUUUAAAUAUUAUUAUUAUUAGAAUCAAAAAUAUCUUUAUUUGCACCAGCCACCAGCCACAGCGAUAAAAUAAAAUGUACUGAAGAUGGAGGUAAAAAUUAAACUAUAGAAAAUACAUUUUGGGGGUUUACAUCAAUAAUCAAAUAAUAGAUAUUAUUAAUAUUGAUUGAUACCCCGUCUUUCCCCCCGCCCCCACGACAGGGACUCAGGGCGGCUUACAGACUAAAAACAAGAAAAGUUAAAAACAGAGGAAUAGAAACCCCAACAUUUUAAAAAAUAUAUUAUUAUUAGAAUCAGAAAAAUCUUUAUUUGCAUCAGCUACCAGCCAUAGCAAUAAAAUAAAAUGGACUGAAGAUAGAGGUAAAAAUUUAACUAUAGAAAAUAUACUUUGGCGGUUUACAUCAAUAAUCAAAUAAUAGAUAUUAUUAUUAUUAUUUAUUGUUUGAUUGAUUGAUACCCUGCCUCCCCACCCCACCCCCGUUGAGGGACUCAACAAGAAAAGUUAAAAACACAGAGGAAUAGAAACCCCAACAUUAAAAAAAGCAACAACGAAGAAUUAACUGAAUUAAAAUUUAGUCUCUCACAGAGACAUAUAGGAACAUAUUCCAAAACUGACAGAACUCAGCCGCCUCGGAGCCCUUCGCCCCGCCCCCUCGUGACGCCGCGCGCGCCUGCGCAGUUCGGAGGCCGCCGCCUGCGCCUGCGCCUCUCUGCCCUCAGCCUCCGCCUGCCGCCUCUCCAUCCCUCGCUCUCUCCGUCUCCCUGGCAACGGCGCCUUCCCCGCCCCCUCUGCCCCCCCGAUGUCCGCCGGCGACGGGCGCCCCUCGCAGCCCCCCUCGCGCUUCAGCACCGCGGCCGCCGCCAUGCAGGGGGAGGACGCCCGGUACCUCAAGAGGUAGAGCGCCUCAGGGCCUGGUGUUAAGGGAGAGGCAGCGAAACGGCCCCACCUCCCCCCCGCCGGCCGAGCAUCCUCCCCUUCUCUCCCCUCACCCCCCCCCUCAGAUGUCAACGAGUUGGGGGGGGCGGGAGGGGCGCCGGUGAAGGGGUCGCGGAGAGGUUUGGGGUGGGGGGCUGUGGGUCGUGAGGUGGUGGGAGGUGGAGAAAAAGCCAGGCUGGGGGAGGGGAGAGAAGAUGGCGGUGGGUUUAGGGAGAAGGUGAGGGUCCUUGGGGUGGGGUGGGAGGAGAAGGUGAGGGUGGGUUGUGGGGAGAGGUUGGUGGUGGGUUUGGGGAGAAGGUGAGGGUGGGGUGGGGGAGAAGGUGAGGGUGGGGUGGGGGAGAAAUUGAGGGUCCGUGGGGUGGGAUGGGGGGAGAAGUUGUGGUGGGUUUGGGGAGAAGGUGAGGGUGGGGUGGGGGAGAAGGUGAGGGUGGGGUGGGGGAGAAAUUGAGGGUCCGUGGAGUGGGAUGGGGGGAGAAGUUGUGGUGGGUUUGGGGAGAAGGUGAGGGUGGGGUGGGGGAGAAAGUGAGGGUCCGUGGGGUGGGAUGGGGGGAGAAGUUGUGGUGGGUUUGGGGAGAAGGUGAGGAGGGUCCUUGGGGUGGGAGCAGAAGUUGGUGGUGGGUUUGGGGAGAAGAUGUGGGUCCUUGACGUGGGGGGAAGAAAGUGAGGGUGGGUUGCGGGAGAAAGGGAGGGUCCUUGAGGUGGGGGAGAGAACUUAGUGGGAUGGAGGAAGCUGCCUCAGGUUGAGUCAGACCAUUGGCUCAUCUUACGCCGUAUUGGGUCGCCUUCAGGUGUUGGAUGGAACUCGCAUCAUUCUUAGCCAACUUCUUCUUUGGCGAUCACUCGUAGCCGAUUAAGAUUGCCUUCCAGGAACAUGGUCUUAACAGUGAGUCCGUAAGUGACUGUGGAGGCCAGUUCUGGAUCCACACGUCCUUCCACAGUGAGGAGAUAGGUUUCCGGGUGGGAGUUGAUCCCACCAAGCGUACCUUCCUCUUAGCAUGUUUCUCCCUUUCAUCCUGAGUUCGAGCAUCUUCAAAGCCCAUGACACCUUUGGUAAAGGCUGUUCUCCAAUUGGGGCGCUCGCAGGCUAGUGUUUCCCAGUUGUCAGUGUUUAUACUACAUUUUUAAAGAUUUGCCUUGAGAGAGUCUUUAAACCUCUUCUGUUGACCACCAACAUUACGCUUUCCAUUUUUAAGUUCAGAAUAGAGUAGUUGCUUUGGAAGAUGAUCAUCAGGCAUCCGAACAAAGUGAACAAUCCAACAAAGUAUAUGUUGAAGAAUCAUUGCUUCGACACUGGUGAUCUUUGCUUCUUCCAGUACACUGGCAUUAGUUCGCCUGUCUUCCCAAAAGAUGUGUAAAUUUUUUCGGAGACACCGUUGAUGGAAUCUUACGAGGAGUUGGAGUUUAUAAGUGGUCCAUGUUUAGCCAGCAUGGCAAGUGAUCAGGAGAUGAUGGGACUUGUGCUUCAGGGACAUCCAGGGUUUCAAGCAGGGAUCUCUCCCAAUCCUGUCUGGAGAGGCCAGCCCCAGCGUAAAAACUAGGUUCAAAAAAUGGCUCUUUAAAACUAAGGUUGCUGUGGCUGAAACAGAGUGUGUGGUUGCCAUUUUGGGGGCAAGACAACUCUAAAGUCUUAUUUUCCAAACAAUGGGCUGACCGCAAUCGAUUAUCAGUUCAACAUCUGGCUGGUUCUGAGGACGACCUUGAACUGGGUUAAGAAUGCUGAGAACUUGAAGAAGAAAAGUCCCUUGAUCCAAUGACAGUCCAUGUAUAUAUUGGCCUAUUCUGAGCUCUCUUUUUUUAACACUGACUGCUCCUGCUCAGGGCUCAAGCUGCACAGAAAAAGCAAUUUGGUUCCAGAAAUUCAUUCUGAUUGUGCAGAUAAAAGAUAAUAAUAAUUUUAUUAUUUAUACUCUGCCCAUUUGGCUGGGUUUCCCCAGCCACUCUGGGCAGCUUCCAGCACAUAUAUAAAAACAGAUGUCUUCUAAAAGUUGGGUAGUAACUGAUAAGACUUCUACAGGAUGGGCUAAUAGUGUGUGGAAGGAGUCUGGAUCCAAUGAUCCCCAGGCAUACAUCUCCAGAUGGUGAGAGAUCAAGUGCCAUCCUGGUACCCAGACAUCUUCACUUGGUCGCAAGUGGUCGAAAGCUAAGUGUAAAAUGCGCCUAGCACCUUGCUAAUUUCGAACAUUGGCCAGCGGGGGAUUGGACCUGGGGGGACCAUCUGCUCACAAGGCACAUAUUCUCUUCCACUGAGCGAUAGGUGAGAGAGCUUGACAAUGUCACAGGAAAGUGCUUUUGGAAGCUUUUGUACUGCUUCAUGGCAAGAAGAAAGCAGACAGUUCAAGGGCAUCUUUCUAAGGCAUGAUACUUAGCAGAAUAAACUUUAAAUGUGAGGGCACUUUUCAGUGGCUGCUAACAUUCAUGUCUCUGAAUGUUAGUUCCUGGGGAACAAGCAACGGGAGGGCUGUGACCUUCAUUCCCUGUUUGUGAGACUUCUUUCUGAUCACUGUUGGGUUUUGCAGCAGUCUAGCAGUAUUUGAUAUAUUUUUAUGAUCUUGUGCCUUGAUAGUACACCUGGUAGAUGGAAGGCCAAGCAGUGUGCUCAGCUUUAUUUCUUCAUCCAUUACUGUGACAAAAAAUAGGUGCUGAUUGCUAUCUGAAGUGUCAUCCAUGUAUACUCUGAGACAGCUGCUUGAAAUAGCAUCUCCUGUAUCAGUGGUUCCCAAACAACCCAUCCGUGAAAAUUGCUGAGGGUUUUGGUGGACCACAGUGCUUUUUCUGCCUGUUGUAGCAACUGAAAUGUGUUGGGCUAGAUGACACACUGGAGCACGUCAGUGGAGCUCAUGGAUGAUGAAUGAUGCAAAUAUGGCCUGGAACUGGUAGAUGCUGCUUUCCUAGAAACAUCUGCAUUUGCUAGCUCUCCAUUUGUCAAAAUAGGAAUAGUAGUAACUGUCUCAGCUGACUAUUCCAAGAAUAAACAAAACAGUCUAAAGUACAUUUUGCACUAAAAGUUCUGUGUAGGUAACAAAAAAUUCUAUUCACCUGAAAAAGGUGAGGAGAAUUGUAUCUGCUUGUUUUGGUGAUGGGAAGCGGUAAUUGGCUCUGUUAUUCUUAUUGUUCUAGGAUCAGACGUUUUUCCUUAUGGCUUUUUCAUUACAAAUGGUUUUAAUAGUAGUUGCACCCCACAUUUCAGGAGCAAAAAAUGACAGUAAGGCUUUGUAUUGAGAGACAAAGCAGAGAAGUCUUAUCCAAAUGAAGAGAACAAAAAGAAACAUACACUUUGGCCAAAGAAAUACAAGCAAGUCAAUAAGGGAUGCUAAAAAGAAAAAAAGGACUUGAGGAGCAUAUUGCUUAAAACAUAAAAGACCAAUAACAAACCAGUCUUUAAAGAAAUACAAUAGUAGCAGGAGACCGCCUAAGGAGGGCGGUAGGACCUUUGGAUGUCAAGAGGGUUAAAUAUAAGUUGAACUUAUUGUAUCAAAUAUAUGUUUUUCUUAUCACCCAACAUAAUUGCUACACGUAAUUUUUCUUACUUAACAGGAAGGUAAAAGGGGGAAAUAUUGAUGUACAUCCAUCAGAAAAGGCACUUAUUGUUCACUAUGAAGUGGAAGCUACCAUCCUUGGGGAGAUGGGAGAUCCUAUGCUGGGAGAGCGAAAGGAGUGUCAAAAAAUGUAAGUGUAUAGUAUUCAGAAGUUCUUGUUAAAAUACCUUUGAUGUCUAGCUUUUUUCAUUUUUAAAGUUUCAAAAAGUUUAAAUCAGGAAAUUUGCGAUAACCUAAAUCAGUUGAGACUUGAUUGAGCAUAUAGUAAACCAUAUCAACUCUACAUAAUAUAUAAAGAAUUGGGAGGAGCGUUAUUGGUUUGGUUUGGCUUUUGUUUAUUUUUAUUAUGUAUUUUGUGUUCUCAUUUUGUAUUUUAAUGUUGUGGACCACCCUGUGAUCUUCGCAUGAAGGGCGGUAGACAAAUAUAAUAAUAAUAAUAAUAAUAAUAAUAAUAAUAAUACGUGUCAAAAAGAUUUUCAAAAGCCAAAUAUUUCAGGAAAAAACAAAAAGCAUAAUAUUCUAACCCAAAAUGGCGGGGGAGAGCUGGAAAGUCCUUGUGGCUUGCUAGGAGACCCUCCCCUGAGCCCAAAGAGGAUACCAAUGAUCCAAAAGUCCAGAAAAGAAGACUCCAAGGGCUCCAAAAUGGCAUGUGGGAGCUCUUGCUCUCCUGUGCUACCCUGCUCAACAGCUGGGGGGGGGGACAACUGUAUGUACUGCAGUGGGCUCCCCACAGAAUGCAACCCCCAUGUAAGUGAAGAGUCACCUGUAUAUGAGAUCUGCAUCAGCUAAGAGUGAAAAAUCUUGGAUUAUAUUUUACAGCAUCCGACUGAAGAGUCUCAAUGCAAACACAGACAUUUCUUCCCUGGCUCGGAAGGUGGUGGAGGAAUGCAAGCUUAUUCACCCCUCUAAACUAGCAGAGGUAGAACAGUUACUGUAUUACCUGCAGAACCGCAGGGACACCUCAUCGGCAAAAGGUGAGCAAAACAAGAUUAAAUGCCGACUUUGAAACGGUCUGUGGUGUAAGCACCUCUCACUUUUACCUGUUUAUUGAAGGGAGAAGAGCAAUGGUGAAGGCAGCCUCUCUUUCCACCAGAUAAACAACUUUCUGUGGAAAACAUAACCAGCCAAGUAGAAGAACACUAAAAUAUGAAUACGUUUUUCAUUAAUCAAGCAAUAUCGCUGGCAUUUUUGUUGUUGAAAAUUCUUUCCCAAAUGUGCAUUUAGUGAGAUAGAGAAAGAUGCCGCAUAAUGCUUUCAACUCUGAUCAGUGUUUAUUUUGGGGGGAGGAGAGGGAAGGUAGAAGGAAAGUCCUUAAGGUUGGGAUCUUAAAAGAUUGCAUUAAAUUGUAGCCCCCUGCAAUGUCCUAUUUACAGAGUAUUUUACCCAUGAUUCCCAAGCUCAGCAAUGGCCCCCACUAACAAAAAUCCUGACUACACCCAUGCUGCCUUUCUAAUGGCAAAUAAUAACAAGUGUAAAGUUAUUUGCUAGUAACUACUUCUCAAAAUUAAAUACAGUUUCUCAUAAUGUCAAAAUCAACAUCGUGACAUAACAUAUUAAAAUGUAGCUUAUUCAGUUAACCACCAAGUCCGGCAUGUACAAAAUGCAAUUCCUAUUUUGUCAGUCCCGUAGUAUAUUCAUUUCUUCAUCUUCUCUUGUAUAUUUCUAUCUGACGGAGAGUACUAUGGAAUAGUCUUCUAAGUGUCUAAUGAUGAUAAUAAGGUUGGUAGACAUGAGAAACGCUCUGGUAGAUGCUGGCACAGGCAGACGAGACAAGAAUUCCUGGCUAUUCCUCCGUUUCACCCCAAAGGGCUUCAUCAUUCAUUCAUUCAUUUCAAUUGAUUUUGCGUAAUAUAGGCGUUCUAAUGGUUUUGCCUUUCUAAUGGCAGCUGCUCCUCUGGAAUGACAUUCUUUAGGUUGUGAUGAGCUGCUGCUAGGAGGGAUGGUGUCCCCUUAGGUGUGUCCAGAGAAGCAGUUUGUGUGCUCUUUUCUUUUGUGCGUAACCUAAGUGGUAAUCUGUAAUAAUGGACUAGACUGAUACGCUGACCUCAAAAUACGUCUACCUAGAAAUCAGUAAAAUAUGGAUUUCAAUGGAACUUCCCCAAGCAUGCAUAGGCCUUUGGCAUGUAUGAAUGCCACUGACUCAGCACUUUUCAGUUCUCCUCCAGAUCCUUUUUUGAGCUGAACAUAAAGAGACGGUUUAAAAUAAAGCGAGAACGUUAAAGGAGCCUUUAUUGCUAUAACCCUGUUUUCUUUCCAUAGAAAAGAAGGAAAAAUCCAAUAAGCCAAAAGACCCACCACCUUUUGAAGGGAUGGAGGUAGGCAUUGUUAAAGUUAGAGGGUUUUAAAUAUUGUAUAGUUAAACUUUUCUGUCAUCUCAUUGACUUGUUUGGAAUGAAUUCAUCUAUUCUAGAUGAAUUUUAAAAAUUACUGAAAGAUGCAGUAGUACAUGAUAUUAAUGUACUUCAUAACCAUUUUGUAAAAUUGCAAAAUAGUGAAUUCCUUCCUUGAAGGGGUUUUAAGCUGAGGUUGGAUGGCCAUUUGUCAUGGAUGCUUUAGUUGAAAUUCCUGCAUUGCAGGGGGUUGGACUCGACCCUCAGGGUACCUUCCAAUUCUACGAUUCUAUGAUUCUAUAGUGCUCUUUGUUGUUGUUGUUUUAAAAAAUUCAAACAAUGUUUGAUAUAAUUUUAUACUGCUUAUCUACUGUGUUUAAUGAUAUGGAAACUGACACUUUACAAAAUAAAAUGAUUAAUUUGGGUAGCACAUUCAUGUUCAUAAUGGCUAUCUUCCCCACCCCAGAAGUUUUCAUUCAUACUUAUCUCUCAGUGUCUCAUUUCAAACCUGUUUAUACAAGAUUUCAUUCCUCACUAGCUACUUAUACGAAUUAUUCUUUAAAUGCAGUGGGGCUACUUAUAUGAAAAAUAAGGAAUGAAUUUAAGUACUUGCAAUUUGUUUUAUGAAUGCAAUUUGUUUCCUGGCAUGUCUGCAGUAGUUUUCUUUUGCUCUGCUUGAUAUUUUCAGAUUGAUGAAGUAGCCAAUAUCAAUGACAUGGACGAAUACAUUGAACUACUUUAUGAAGAUAUUCCUGAUAAAGUGCGUGGCUCUGCACUCAUUCUGCAGCUGGCCAGAAAUCCUGAUAAUCUGGAAGAACUUCUGCUUAAUGGUAAUUUUAGGCUUAUUUCUAACUUUCAGCUUGUGAUGGGAAUUUUGCCUCAGUAAAUGGAGCAGGCUUAGUAGUCAGAUUUUCAGAUAAGCUUUUCAGAUUUUUAGAUAAGUGCUAGCCGAAGGCCCUGGCAUCAUCCAAAGAAGGAAGACAAAAACAAGAACAGCAAUCGUUACAUAUGUGGUAAAACCAUGAUCAAAUCCACCAUCCACCAAAACUUCUUAAGGCACAGACUAAAAAGUAAUUCUCAAAAAAAUGUGUUCUCAGAGUCCCCUUUGCAAUUGACCGCUAGCCCAUCCAGUUCUUUCUUCCUAAUCUUCCUAGCCAGUGCUUUUUUUCUAGGGGGGACGCAGGGGUACGCAUGCCCCUAAACAUUUUGUAAAUCUAAGUUUGGCCUCAUUGAGGGGCAGUAUUUCAAUAUGAGUAGGAAAAUGAGACUACCCCUAAACAUUUUUUAAGAAAAAAAGCACUGUUCCUAGCUGCUAGGUCAGGGGUCAGCAACCUUUUUCAGCCGUGGGCUGGUCCACCGUCCCUCAGACCAUGUGGUGGGCCAGACUAUAUUUUUUUUGGGGGGGGGGGGAAUAUACAAAUUCCUAUGCCCCACCAAUAACCCAGAGAUGCAUUUUAAAUAAAAGGACAAAUUCUACCUAUGUAAAAACACGCUGAUUCUCAGACCGUCUGUGGACUGGAUUGAGAAGGCGAUUGGGCCGCAUCCGGCCCACAGGCCUUAGGUUGCCUACCCCUGUGCUAGGGCAUAGAGAGACACCUUAUAAGUCACAGAGUCAUCCGUAUCACUCAGCAGCCAUUUCACCCUCUCCGCCCUGGUUAGACUUAGUAGUCUUGAUGCAUGUUUGUUAGGUUUAGCUUAAUUACUUAUUUUUUAAUAUGCAUAUGCAUCACUCUGCCUCACAGUUACUUGAACCAGGAAUAUUUUAGCCACUGGUUUGCAAAACUAUGUUCCCUUGAGACACAGAAUUCUAACUUCUAGCGGUGAGAAGCUGAAGUGGAAGCUCUUUAGACACUGACUGACUUGUUCUGGUGUUGGCUUCUUUUGCUUUGAUUUCUGGCUCCUGGUCUUUAUACCUCUCCAUCUUUGCUCCUUGCUAUUUUUCGUCUUUAUCUUUUUUAAUUUUAAAAAAAUUAUUUAUUAAAUUUGUAUAGCGUCCUAAUACCCAUAGAUCUCAGAACAGUUUACAACUUAAUACUACACAAAAUACAUAAGAACAAAGACAAACCAGUAAUACCCCCUUACACAACACAUUUAAAAGGGCAUUGGAUGUCAGUCAGCCAAAGGCAUGGUUAAAGAGGAACGUCUUCACCUGGUACCUAAAGGUGUAUAAUGAAAGCGCCAUGCGAACCUCCCUGGGGAGAGCAUUCCACAAAUGGGGAGCCAUCGUGGAAAAGGCCUGUUCUUGUGUUGCCACCCUCCAGACCUCUUCUGGAGGAGGCACACGAAGAAGGGCCUCAGAGGAUGAUCUCAGGUUGCAGCUAGGUUCAUAUGGAGAGAGGCGGUCCUUGAGGUCCUGAGCCAUUUCAGGCUUUAUAGGUCAAAACUAGCACUUUGAAAUGGGCCCAGAAACAAAUUGGUAGCCAAUGCAGUCAGGCCAGGAUCGGUGCAAUAUUCUCAAACCACCUUGCCCAGCUGAGCAAUCUGGCUGCUGAAUUCUGUACUCACUGAAGUUUCUGAGCUGUCUUCAGAGGCAGCCUUAAUGUAUAAUGCUUUGCAGUAAUCUAAGCUAAGAGGUUGGUUCCCAUUCCUGCCUUCUGCACUAACGCAAACUUGCUUGCCAUUUUUGUGUGCCUAGAUAGCAUAUUGUAAAGCAAGUUCUAGAGCAGGGGUCUGCAACCCGCGGCUCCGGAGCUGCAUGUGGCUCUUUUACACCUUUGCCGCAGCUCCGGGGCGGAUACUAGCGAGGGGAGGAGGCGCAUUGUGCGCCCCGACACUCCCCACUGUGGCGGGCGCUGUGCUGGCUGUGAUGUCGCAUGGGGGCGGUGCGUGCGUUAGUCAACGCACCGUCCUGACGUCACCUUCCCGCCCGCCCGAUACAUUGUAAGGGGAAUGUACGCUGGUCACUGCAUUGAAAGGGGGCAUGUACGCUGGUCACUGUUUUGAAGGGGAGUGAAGAACACACACACACAAAAAGGUAACUUGUUAAUUUAACAAGUUAUUUCUAUGAGGAGGAGUAAUUCUGAGGGAUCAAACAAAGAAAUAAUAAAAAAGUGACAAAAAAGUUAUUUUUAUAAUGACGAGUUUUGCGGCUCCCAGUUUUUUUUUCUUCGGAAACGCGUCCAAGUGGCUCUUUUUGUCUUAAAGGUUGCAGACCCCUGUUCUAGAGGGAUACUAAUCUAAAGUAACAUGGCAGGAUAUAUUUUGAGGCUAAGUGCAUGUUUCAGAUGGUCUUAGGGGACAAGAAUGUUUGCUUCCUGAUGCAAUGUAAUCUCCGCAGCUGAGACUGAUCAUACUCUCCCCCUUCUUUAGAAACUGCACUGGGUGCUUUGGCCAGAGUUCUACGAGAGGACUGGAAACAAAGUGUAGAACUUGCUACUAAUAUCAUUUAUAUUUUCUUCUGCUUCUCUAGGUAUGUGACAUAAUUUAUAAUGUAUAUGGAUGUAUUCUGAAAAUUAUAUAUAUAUAUAUAUAUAUGUGUGUGUGUGUGUGUGUGUGUAUGUAUGUAUGUAUAUAUAUAGAAAAUGAGGACGCUGAAGCACAGAGUAGAACCUCUCUAUUGUUGCAACAUCACUGAUCUGUUUUUGUGUGUGUUAGACUGGCAAUAGAAGUUUUGUUUCAAAGCCAAUCACCCUGCUCUGAUUUUUUUUUAUUGGUAUUUUUCAUAAUGUAGUUUUUCUCAGUUUCAUGGACUUAUCACACACUACAAGAUUGGGGCUCUCUGCAUGAACAUCAUUGAUCAUGAAUUGAAGAGGCAUGAGCUGUGGCAGGAAGAACUCACGAAGAAGAAGAAAGCUGAUAUCCUUUCUGUAAUUUUAUCUUAGCCUUCACCUUAGCUUUGUUAUCUGUAGUAGACAAGUGGGACUGCAACACAGUAUUGUAGCAUUUAGUGCUCCUGUUCAGAGUUCCAGCCAGUUAACCUCCUUCCCUUAAAAAAAUCCAGUCAUUACUGUGUGUUCACUAAGCACGCUCAGUCUCCAUUGGAGUAUUUUGGGGUCCCCUCUGAUGGUUCCUCCCCUAAAGUUCUGCAGGCCAGUUAUUACUUCUCUUUAAGACUGGAUAGUGUCAUUUUGACCACAUAAGGAUGCACACCGAUGGGAUGAGCUCACUGUUCAUUAAUAGGGAUGAGACAGCGAAUUGCCUUAGACUAAUCUGAUUGCUUUGGGACACGGGUGGCGCUGUGGGUUAAACCACAGAGCCUAGGACUUGCCGAUCAGAAGGUCAGCGGUUCGAAUCCCCGCAACAGGGUGAGCUCCCGUUGCUCGGUCCCUGCUCCUGCCAACCUAGCAGUUCAAAAGCACGUCAAAGUGCAAGUAGAUAAAUAGGGACCGCUCUGGCGGGAACAUAAAUGGCGUUUCCUUGCGCUGCUCUGGUUUGCCAGAAGCGGCUUAGUCAUGCUGGCCACAUGACACGGAAGCUGUACACCGGCUCCCUCGGCCAAUAAAGCGAGAUGAGCACCGCAACCCCAGAGUCGGUCAUGACUGGACCUAAUGGUCAGGGGUCCCUUUACCUUUAAUCUGAUUGCUUUACUUCUAGAAGUUGUCAGAUCCUAGCUUUGAAUUGCAUCAGACUGCUUGUACUCAUGACUGAAGAGUUUCUGUUCUUUCUUUUUUUCCUGAUGUGUUGAGCAUAUUCUUAACUCCCAGUGUUCACUUGAUGAAGAUCCUGAUAAUCAGACCCUGAAAAAAGAAUAUGAAAAAACCUUUAAAAAGUACCAGGGGCUUGUUGUCAAGCAAGAGCAGCUACUUCGAGGUACAAAUUCCUAAUGUAGUAGUUACUUUCUCCGUUCUUAAGGUAAAUGGUUGACAAGGACUCCAAGGUUGUUGAUGUCCUUUUAACACUGAAGCUAUUUGGGCUACUCAGAACUGCUAUUUCAGCGAAGCUUAUUUUGGUUUUGCAGCUAUUAAUAGCAGGUGGGCACCUUUGCUGAACUGUGUGUUUUUUUUUACACCUGUUAAAAACAUUUUCAUUUCAGCAAGCUUACCCAGACUUGUUACUUUGUUACUGAAGUGUCAUUGGUUGUUCCUAGAGUUGGUGAGGCCCAUGUGUAACAACAAAAAACAGAGCUGUGUCAUUGACCCAGUAGAGCAGGCACCCCCAACAUGCGGCCCUCCAGAUGUUUGGCCUACAACUCCCAUGAUCCCUAGCUAGCAGGACCAGUGGUCAGGGAUGAUGGGAAUUGUAGUCCAAAACAUCUGAAGGGGCAAAGGUUGGGGAUGCCUGCAGUAGAGGUUGCGCAGGCACUUUUUAUUGGAAAUGUAAAUGCCUGCUGAAAACCUUUCUAUUCCACAGGCCUAUGCAGGCAAUUAAGGACACAUUUUUCUGCAAUAGCUAGUUGAUUUUUUGAAAUAAAUAAAUGUAUUAUUAUAAACCGCUUUGAUUUUUUUAAAAAGGAAAUAGCAGUAUGUAAAUUUGUUAUAAAUAAAUUACAUUUAUUUAUUUUUAAAGUUUGAUUAUUUUAUUGAUUUUUAAAAUAAACAUUUUAGACUCUCUUAUGUAAACUGCUUAAUAUACUUUUUCGUUAAACAGUCUAUGAAUUUUGUUAAACAGCCUAUCAUUUCUACGUACAAAUUCAUCUGUUGAGAACAGCCCCCUUCUUUCAGGUUACAUGAGGCCUGCAUAGAGCUAAGGUCCUAGCACACUGCCAAGAUCAACUAGGUAUCAGCUAGUGACCAUCAGAAAAUGAGAAAUUUCCAGCGUUUGUUUAAGAAUUUGUGUACAGUACUGGAAGUGAAAAGGCGCUGAAUGGAUAGAAUAUAUUCAACAGAUAAAACUUUCUAUGGAAAUUUGAUACUAGAUCAUGGAUAUUAAUAGUACAGGAAAAUGUGAACCCCGAUAUUCUUCUAAAUAUUGUUGGCACAGUCAAACCACUGUGUUAGCAAUACCGAAGUGACCUUCCCUGGGCACAAUGCCUAAAUAUGGUUGGAUGUUAUUACACAAUUUGGAAGCAUGUAUAAUCUUUUGUGGCACUUGGCUGAAGUAUAGAUAAGACUACAGAUCAAUAGUGUAUGAAAUCUCUUAACGCUUUGUUCAUUCAUAUAAUUCAACUGGAGAAUAGAAUUUGCCUUUCAUUAUGAGUUGUAGAGUCCAUUGAUUUCAGUGGGAUGUGUAACAAAUAAUACUGCCUGGGUAUAGCUUAUUAUUAUUUAUGCUUAUGGUGGAAUGAACUUAAACCUUCUCCUUUAAUUUAUUUGAAAUGUUUUCCUUUAUUCAGAUGUCUUACUGUAGGUAGCAGGUUUAGAAAGAGAGCCUAUUUAACUUUAAGACCAACCAUCAAAUUCCAGCUCAACUGAAAGGCGUUUCUCUGCCUCUGGAACCUCCAGGGAAACAGUUCUGAGCAACCACUCAGUAAAUGUGCUGCUUAAAUAUGGUUCACUGAUGAUUCUGUAAAGAGAUAGGUGGUGCCCCGGUGGGGGGGGGGGGGAAAGGUCAACAACUUUGUCCAGAUUUUCACUUUUGGGAAUAUGGCAACCCUAGGUAGGAGCCAAGCCAUGUCUAAUAUUGUUACGAUAAUUGGUAUAAAUAUUUGAGUUUAUUUUUAAAAGACCAAGCUACAUUUUUCCAGUAAACUAAAACACUUGAAAUAUAUACAGUAGCUUACUUCCACCUUUUUGUUGUUGAAAUCACUUAAGCAUCAAAGAGGACACACUAUGCUCAAGUGGCUCUCAUUUCACUGAGGAGAUGUUUGCAGUAUCCAAAAUCCUUGGAAAUAUUUCACAUUCUUAGAAAUGAAUGAGCGCUACAUUUUUUGUUUCUCAGUAUUGUGAUUUCUCCCCCCCACCCCCCAAAUGUGCCAGUUGCCCUUUACCUGCUGUUGAACCUUGCGGAGGAUACUCGUACUGAGCUGAAGAUGAGGAACAAAAACAUUGUCCACAUGUUGGUGAAAGCUCUGGACCGGGAUAACUUUGAGCUGCUGAUACUGGUUGUGUCAUUUCUGAAGAAACUCAGCAUCUUCAUGGAAAACAAAAAUGAUAUGGUAAAUCUUCUGCCAUUUUGCUGAAACCAUGUUAGUUGUCUAUGGAAAGCUAAUCAACAAAAGGCAACAUCAUUGCUUUCCUGUUCUCCAUUUGUACCUAGGUCUGCAUUUGCAGUUUGCUUGAAUUGGUAUGGCGUUAGAUCAAUUAGUUUACAAUGCCUAAGUAUCUGGGAACUUGCACCUUCAUGUACCUCACACAGGGAAAGAUAAAAGCUCACUGGAAGUGUGCGUGUCUUUCAUGUAGAGGAGUCCCUCACAACUCCAGGGCUUGGAAAGGUCUCUGUCUGAUAUGUUGAAAUGCUAUGGCCAAUCACAGUAGAUUUCUAUGGGAUCAACGGACAAAUGGCUGACUUGGUGUAUGCAGACAUGCCUUUUAUCUGAAUAUAUUAGGUUAUUCAGAGGGUCGCGGGUGGCGCUGUGGGUUAAACCACAGAGCCUAGGACUUGCCAAUCAGAAGGUCGGCGGUUCAAAUCCCCGUGACGGGGUGAGCUCCCGUUGCUCGGUCCCUGCUCCUGCCCACCUAGCAGUUUGAAAGCACGUCAGAGUGCAAGUAGAUAAAUAGGGAACUCUCCGGUGGAAGGUAAACGGCGUUUCCAUGUGCUGCUCUGGUUCGCCAGAAGCGGCUUAGUCAUGCUGGCCACAUGACCCGGAAGCUGCGGACAAACGCCAGCUCCCUCAGCCUAUAGAGCGAGAUGAGCGCUCAACCCCAGAGUCAGCCACGACUGGACCUAAUGGUCAGGGGUCCCUUUACCUUUUUAUUAGGUUAUUCAAGACCAGCAAUAGGGAGCCUAUACCCCUUCAGAUGUUGUUUGACUGCAACUCCGAUCAUUUAUUUCAGCAGUUAAAUAAAGGCAACUCCCCUCUUUUAUGGGGGUUAAGUUCCGGAGCCCCACACACCUAAUGGGGAGUACCGUCUAGACACCCUUUCGACGCUCUCCCUGCCACAUUCGUUCCACCUAGAUAAAAAAUACUGCACCAAAAAUAUCCACAACUGGAAUUGAAGGAGACAUUGUGCUUAAACACUCUGGUUUUUGGGGUUUCUUUUUUCAACAUUCUGAACUUUAUGAUAUUAUUAUGUUUAAAAUUCUGCAACAGAUGCCUUGAAUUCAGUUACUGAGUUCUUGCCUGUACCCUUCUAUGACUCCCAUUGAUUUAAAAAGGGAUGACAAAGACAUUCUGAUUGUUUUCUUUCUGUUUUGCUUCUUAGAUUAAAGAAAUAGGCAUGCUUUUGCAUAAAACUAGACAGAGUCUUGACAUGUAUCAGAGAAAUGUUGCUGAGAAGAGAACUCUUGUUUACUGCCGGUCAUGAUCAAAUGUCUCACUUUGCUCUGUCCUCUGUGCAGAAAACAUGAUAUCGGGAUAUGAUACUGCUCAUAAGUCUUUGGAAUAUAGCUUUUAAAAUGAAUUAAUUAAAUCGUUGUGGCAUUUAAAAUGAUAUGCAGUUGAACAUGACCUUCAUACAUCUGUUAAAGGGUAACAUUUUGCUGCCUAGAAUACACACAGUGUCUUGGUAGUUAUAGUUUCAUAUAGUUAAUUGUUUCAUCUCACUCCUCCACCCCAGUUUUUACUAAUUCUUUAAUUGCAUGCCUAAAGUUCUGAGCCUGUAGUAUCACUUGAACAGGUUCUCUUUCCAGAUGCUAAGCAUUGCUGAACUUUGACUUGAGUAUUGUUUAUGUUUUGGUAACCUUCAGCCAGAAGCUGUUCAUGAGGAAACUUCAGCAGACCUCUUUUUAGAAAAAUAAAAAUUACUGUAUUUGAGGAGAAAAUGUUUUGGAAGCCUUAAACUUUUAACUGUUGUUCCAUUUUAUGAAAUCUUUGCAAGAAGGCUUUCAGAAUUCUUACUUUCCUAUGCUUCCAACACAGGUUGAAAUGGAUAUUGUUGACAAACUGGUUAAAAUGGUACCAUGUGAACAUGAAGACUUGCUGAACAUUACUCUUCGACUCUUACUGAACCUUUCAUUUGACACAGGCUUGAGAAAUAAAAUGGUACAAGUUGGGCUUCUUCCAAAACUCACUGCAUUGUUGGGUAGGUUUUAGUCUUUUUCCACUACUCACUUUAACCUUAGAGCUACUGAAAGCAUUUUCUUAGUGAAAUAUUUUCUGGAGAAAUACAUAUUUUUGCUACUGAUCUCCUAAUUAUUACCAAUUCUCUAACAUCCCCCCUUAAAUGAAGCUGAUUCAGAAUAUAGCAAGCAUAGUUCAGGGUAUAAUUUGAGUUAAAGCUCUCAAGGUAGGGGGGAAAUGAAAAUAAGAUGUGGGGAAUGGGAAGAAAUUUGGUUUUGUUUGCCUUUUAAUGAGAAGCAAUCUAAGAUGCACUUUUUGAACACAGGUAGCCUCUAAAAUUUGCACUUCUCUGAUUUUUAUAUAAUGUUUUUCAACCAAACAAUCUGUACAAAAACGCAUUUAUUAUUGUUGUUGUUAUUAAAAAUUGUAUACUGCCCUUUAUCCAAAGAUCACAGAGAAGUUCACGGCAUAAAAAAAUGAGAACACAAAAUAGUGUGUAUAAAAAUGCAUACAUUCAUGAAAAGGACAAGCAAAAAUGCAUUAGGUUGGAGGAAAUUGCUUUCAAAAAUGUGUAUAUUGGUCAAACAUGCAUUCAAAAAUGUAUUUUUAAAGAGAAAUUCACACUUCAAUUUAGACAAGUAUCUCUCUAAACUGUAGUUCAUUCAUAUAUCUCUGUAAUAAGCCAGUUUGAAUUAUGUCCACACUUGGAAAUUAUUUCUUCUAUGUAAUGCUUAAUAAAUGAAGUUGAGCACCACUUCCAGAUGUAGUAUUAAACAUGAUAUAUCUGCAAAAUUAGGUUCUGGAUAUUCUCAAUCAGUGUUCAAAACUCCCAUUGUUCUAGGCGCAUUUUGUGACAUGGAAUUUCACUAGCACAAGCAGUUUCUGAGCUCUGGGCACAGUACUGCGCCUAAGAUUUCAGAUUAAAACUGCAGAGUAGAAGGAAAGGCAGGUCCUUUUUUUGCCUCCCCACUUCCAGCUACUCUCUGAAGCCUGGAGAAGAGACCCUCUGAAGAAUAUUAGGGGGGUGGACAGGGGAAGGACUAGACCAUGUGAAAAAUGAACAUAAUAUUUUAGCUGCAGUUCAUUCUUUUUCAGCUUUGUAUUCUUAUUAUUAAAAAAUCAUGCCUAGACAUUCCAUUGUUGCGCCCAUAACCUCGGUUUAGGGUGCCAUUUGGCUCCUAGCUUUCAUAUCUGUUUCUAACACUGUUCUCAAUAUGUAUUUGUGUGUAGUUCUUUAGUACAGGAGUAUAACAAGACUGCAUAUUUAUUUCUCUGUCCAGAUCAUCACUUUACAUAGUCAUCCAGCUAAAAGAUGUAUUUUGGAGGGCCAUCCAAUCUGAUGAAGUUCAAACAGGUCACUGUUUGUAGUAAUAUUGAAUUACCUAUUGGCAAGGGGAUAAUAUUUAUAAUUCUGAACCCUCGCUUACAUUCUGCUUUUGAUAUGAUCAUCAUAACAGUUGCUUUAAGUGGCUGAAAGUUCUUUGGUAUAUUGACAAGGCAGCACAUAUCACAGGUUCUCAAAAGACUUCUGCUGAUAUGCCCACACAGAUAUUUAGCACUUCAGCACUCCAUGAACCUGUUUGUCUGCAGAACCCAGCUUGCUUUCCGUCAGCCAGUUCCGUCAAAAACUUCUAGCAUGCAUAUCAGUUAGCUGUACUUUUCUUUUGUUGGCUGCAAAUUCUGCCCAGUCUGUUCUGAAGCUGGGCAAGGCAAAUCCUACAGAGAUGGCUUUUUAUUUCCUUAACAGCUGAAAACCCAAGCCUUGGGAGCCUGUUUCCAUUUAGCGUUGUCCAGAGAGAUGUGAGCAGCAAAAUAUUUCCUCAUAAUUCUUUUGUAAUCCUGGCAUGACCCUGCUUUGUGUUGGUUUGAAAAUGAGAGGAAUAGCUGUCGGUCUGCCUGAAAAAAGUAGGUUGAGAUCUCAGUGUGCUUGAAACACGCUUGUGGAUACUACAGAGACAGACACUUGGGGUGGAUUUUUGCAUUCUUGUUUCUUGAUUUUUUGCAUGGUGCCUUUUUUAUAUAGAAAAAUUGUGUCCGUACUCACCAUGAAGUUGUUCUAGUAGGUGCCACACUUUUAACAUUUGGGAAAGAAGGUGCCGGUACUGCGUACCUUUGAGUAUCCCCAGGGGGGGAAAGCACUGGACUGUCAAGAUAGCAGUGGGAGCUAGUGGGUUGCUCUCUAGAAGUUAUGGACUACAGGUCCCAUUAACCACUAACCGUUAUACGAAUCAGGUGGCCUGACAGUCAUCGGAAGCGUAAACAAAAGGAACUGUAACAAUCUAAGUGCACCAAUCCAUCUUUUGAAAGGACAGGAAGGCCUUUCUUGACAACCUUUCAGAACAUAAAGAAGAUUGUGGCAGAAUGAAUUGAUUAUUGCAAGUUAGUGCCGGGCCCUGAUAAAUUAUGCUUGAGUGGUGUUAUAAUCCAGGGUUAGGGAGCUGGCCAGUGGACUGGAUCCCAACCCCCGUGGGUCAUUUUAACAGGUGAGUGAGGGUUGUCCACCUAUCAGUCCCUGCUUCCUGCAUCAUUGCCUGCCUGUUGGGUUUAGGGCAGGUGGGUGUGGCUUGGAAGAAAUGGCCUUCCCAGCCAAAUUAGGACCCCUACGAGGCCUAAUUAGCCCUACAGGCCUGAGGUUCCCCAUUGCUGCUAUGGUCCCUUAAUUGGCAGGCAUUCAUUCUUUACCUUUGGACUCAGCUGCACUGACAAAGAAAAAGCGCUUUAUAUGUGUCUUUUAUGCAUUCUAAAACUAUGACACCAGAUGGUGCUGUGGAGUUCUGUUUUUGCUAACCCGAUUUCUCAUACAAAGUUUGAGAUGCAUUUAACUGAAACACUACUUUGAUGUGUCUAGAUCCAGCUUUUGCUUCCCUAGGAAAUAACUUUCUUGGCAUAUAUAGUGUAAUAAGGCCUGUCUCUGAAGUCACUCGAGCCAUCUGCCUAUUAAGUGAAUUGUUCCUCAGAAUUGGGGCAUUGUAAAACUGUGUUAACCAAGAUGCUUUUUUAAGUUAGUAAAUGCUUUUUAACCUUCUUUUGAUUGCAAUACCUUGUUCUUUCUCCUGAGUCAGUUCUAUGAGGGGUGCUGCUGUUGGUAAAAAAAAAAUGAAGGAGAACAUGUUUGUACAAUCCCACUUCAAAAUGAUUCUCCACCUCACCUUCUUAGUUUCACAUUUGUGGCAUAAUUGAAUGGCCUUAACUUUGACUGUCUUGUUUUUUCUAAACCCCCUUCCGAAAAAGGCCUGGUCUUCAAAACUUGUUUGCUACUUCUGAUUUCUCUGAAGGAAAGUAUUGCAAUUUGUUUCCUUAAUAAAUAGUGAUUUAGAACCUCGAAACAGAUGAUCAUAUUGAAAUCUGGAGAUAAACAGGUCCAUGAGUGCUGAAGUGCUAAAUAUCUGUUUGGGCAUAUCAGGUUGUGCUUAUAACUUGUAACUGCUGCCUCCUGUGCUUUUGCUGUAUUUGCAACACUGAAGUGACCUCUUAGAUGCAGACCUGGGUAGUGUGUAUAGAGGUCCUGGGCUGCCCAAAACAAGCCCCUGCCUUGCUGUUGUGGUCCAAAGAAAAGGAAAGCAAUACAUAUGACACCAGCUUGGCGGCAGGAGUUGUCUGAAGGAGGCAUACAAGACACUAUCCAACAGCCUUAGGGACUCCACUCCAGAUUUGUGUAGGGUUUACUCCUGAACCUUUUGUUCUCCCAAAGAUGUAUUGCAAGGCAUUUUUCCGUGAGGUUUACAACCGAAGCCUUUCUCAUGUAUGAGUGUAGCUGCAAGGCUGCGGUGGUUUAGGACCAGAGUUUUCCUUCUCCUAGUUGGGCUACUUUCCCAGGUUGCCCAUCUGCCCUUCAAGCUUAACUUGUUCACAAAGUUUAAUUGAUAGUCAAAAACAACUGCAAAUAAACUUUGUUUUUAUGUCUUUACACAUGUCUUGUCGUAUUAUAUGCUGCUAUUGUGUUCAGUUUUAUCUUCAGCUUUUAAAAAGUUGUAUGCCUUCUUUGUCUACCAGAGCAAUGGUCUUUUUUCUUUUUUUUAAUAAAGGUUCCAUUAUUUUUAUGAACAUUUAUUUCCAAGAAGUUUUAAACCAACUUUUCCUUUAUGCCCUGGCUUGGCCUUUUCAUAAUGAAUUUAAUAUGCAGUUUCACACAUUUGUUUGAGAAAGGACCUUCUUAUUGGCUACAGCAAUGUUGUUCUAAUUUUAAUAAGCCUAAUUUAUCCUAUAAAGAAACAUACAUUUUCCAACCCGAUUAAGUGAGCAAACAAUUGGGGUUAGAUGUGGCAGAUCGUAACAGAAAGCACAUGUCCUGCCCUGAGAGCACAGCAAAGUCUCUUAUCAGGAUUGCUUGAAGUUAUUCAUGGUAGUAAAAUGUUAUGCUUCCUCCUGUUUUCCCAAUUAAAUGAGGAAACCUUUAUUCCUAUGGCAGUCCUACCACAGCUGGUUUCAAUAUCUUGUGUGUGAACAUUGCCUAAGGUGUCCUUUUCUUUCUAGCAGUAACUAGCUGAAUCAUAUUAAGAAUGAAAGGGAUUGGUCUUGGGAAAACAGUAAUUAUUCAGAGAUUUAUUCAGAAGGUGGGUUUUGUGCUAUUUGCAGCAUGCUUGUCUUGGAAAAACAUGUUGCCUCCAUAAUCCAUGUAGGUCUAGAGUUGUCUAGAUAGAAGGCACUAUGGAAGAAGAGAUCCUAGGGCCCUAGGCUAUGCUUGCACUGAAGUCUCAACAGUGCUAGAUUACGUCAUUCAAGGGUGGGUGGGAUUACAAAGUGCAGAUUUGCCUGUUUUUGAAGGGAAGGUCACCCAUAUUGCAGGAUUUGGUUCUAGUGCUACUUGGAUGGCCAUUUCCAGAGGGUGAUGCUUGGGGCCCCAUGGAGCCUUCAUUGUGGGGUUCCUCAGGGUUUAAUUUUAUUCCCUGUGCUGUUUAACAUCUACAUGAAACCACUGUGUGAGGUUAUCUGGAGUGAUGACACACAGCUCUACUUCUUUACAGCUGCAGGUGAGGCAGGGAUGAACUCGACCAUGGUAUUACCUCAGUAAUGAGGACGAGAGCCAACAAACUGAAACUCAAUCCAGAUAAGACCUAGGCCAGGCAUAGGCAAACUCGGCCCUCCAGAUGUUUGUGAGACUACAGUUCCCAUCAUUCCUGACCGCUGGUCCUGCUAGCUAGGGAUCAUGGGAGUUGUAGUCCCAAAACAUCUGGAGGGCCGAGUUUGCCUAUGCCUGACCUAGGCACUGUUAGUGGAGUGAUGGAUGAGAGGUUGCCUGCUCUCGAUGGGGUUACAAUUGCCCCCGAAGGAGCAGGUAUGCAGCUUGUGGGUACUCCUGGAUCUCUUGGUGUCGCUUGAGGCUCAGGUGGCCUCAGUGUUGUGGAUUGCCUUCCAUCAUCUUCUGGUGGUCCAGCUGCACACCUUUUUGGACAGGGAUAGCUUAAUUUCUGUUUUCUUGGCUCUGGUAACUGCUAGGCUGGAUUACUGCAACACAUUAUACAUAGGGCUACCUCUGAAGACGGUUCAGAAACUUCAGCUGGUGCAGAAUUCUGCUGGUUAAUUCCACCAUAUCUUAUGCUUUGUCAUGCAGUCAGUGAGAGGGAAGUUCCUUGUCUCAGUUUCAGGGCUGGUGUAAAGUUGCCCCAUUGACAGGGAUGUGCUCAUGGUCUGGAGGGGUAUAGCAUAUAUGUGUGCCUCCCUGUGUUGUUUCCCACCCUGUCCCACUUUUAGGUGUUUUCAAUGGCAUACUUUUGCCAGCAGAACUGCUACACUGAUGAAGUUUUCCAUUGACCUAUCUGCCAUGGUGGCAGCAUAUUUUGUGUUCCAUCGGCAUAGUAGGACUUCCACCAUAUUGCCUCUUGGCCAGUAUGACUUUUUUUGCGGAAUUCCUCUGUUAAUCUAAAAAUUAUUACAUGUGGGAAACAAAACAAAAAGUGGAAAAAUAAGCUCAAUAGGGUACAGGCAUUGUCUUGUUCUGUGCGGGAGCAGGCAAAGGUGAUAUGAUGAUAUUGCAAAGGAAGGCAUAUAUGUUGGGAUUUCAUGUACAGUGGUACCUCGGGUUACAUACGCUUCAGGUUACAGACUCCGCUAACGCAGAAAUAGUACCUGGGGUUAAGAACUUUGCUUCAGGAUGAGAACAGAAUUCGUGCUCCGGCAGCGGGAGGCCCCAUUAGCCAAAGUGGUGCUUCAGGUUAAGAACGGACCUCUGGAAUGAAUUAAGUACAUAACUAGAGGUACCACUGUAGUGAUGUGCACAUAUUCUUUAGCGCAGAUGUGUCAGAUUGGUUCUAAUGAGUCACAAAAUGUAGAGAGAGGAUUAAACCUCAGUGUUGCAUUGCUGCCCUAGCAUGGUUAGGGAUUGUGUACUAAUGAGCAGAGUAGAGUAGUUUUGGUCCAUAAUUGCUGCGACAUGGCUUGCUUAAUGUUCAAAAGCUUAAAAUAAUUUUGAACUUUGGAUUCAUCAUAUGUGUAGUUGGAGCUUUUAAUUUGUUGAAAACUUGUUGUGAAAACAGCCCAAGGGACACAAUAUUUUUCCACCCCAGCUGUUCCAGAUGAACUGCAGCUGCAAAUUUAACGGUAUUAUUUCUAUAAACCACUGAGUAUAUUUUAUAAUGGCAAUAAUUUCCACAGAAAAACCAGUUAUUGCUGCUAAUGACUGGGUUGUUGAGCAUUAACAGCCUUCAGCUGGGAAUGACCAAGUGUUCUGGAAUGGUAGUAUAAAUGCAAAGGACAAUUGAAUAACACUUUGGAAUAAUGAUUUGAUUAAUCAAUGAUAAAUUCCUGUGGGAAUAAAUUCAAAGUAUUUCUGACCACCCAGUUUAUUGGCCAGUGAGCUCAUCAUUAUUUAACCUUAUUACCAUAAUACAUAAUGUCCAGGCUGUUAGUUGCUAGAGCUGUCCUUAAGUGUUUUGGCCAACCCACUAUUAGUCAUUAAAUGCUGUUGUUUUUAAACAGCUUGUCUUUCUGCAAGGCAUCAUAUGACUAUUUUUAUCCUUGUCUUUUAAAAACCUUGCAUAGAAUUGGCAUUUGUGUUUAUAUCUGAAUUAUUGCCUUGCUACGACUUUCCCUAUGAAACAUCAUGUAAUCUUGUGCUUAAAUUGGGUCAGUCUGGUGUGCUGUGCUUCUCCCUUCCCUUUGCCUAUCUGCCUUCCAACUUUAUCCACUCAUAGCGCAAAUAAUUGGCAGAUGUACAAUGCCAUCAAAACUCCUUGUGAUAGAAUUGCUGUGACAGUUAUUCGUACUCUCUGAACAUUGUUAGUACAAAAUGAGUGCUGACCACCCAUAAUGUCUUGGUCUACUUGACCAGCUGCAUAACAAGCCAGAGAGCUGCCAAUCCCAUAACCUUUUUCUUGAUUUUCCCAUGCUUUUAGCAACCAACUGCUUCUAGCAUAUUGCAGUGGUUGAGAAACUCACUUUCAAAUUGAGAUUGGGAAAGGGGGGGGAAAUCAACAUUGUCUGUUAUAUGGAACAUGCCCAUGAUUUAUAUUAGAGGACACAGACCUGCAACAGGAAUGGCAGGGUGUAUGUAUUCCUCAAGUUCUGGGACAAGGUUAGAGUGGGAAAAGAUGUAGGCUGUACAACUGAAAUAGCCUCCUUUUCACACUAGGUUUGCAGGAGGUGUUGAUGCUGUAGUACUUAUUGCACAUAGCAAUAUAGCUUAGUAUAUCAUCCCCCUGCUUUAUUUUUUUAUUUUUUUACUGGUGGUGGGGCAAGAUAAGGAUUUGUCACAUGAUUUGGUGGAAGGAGUGAGUGUGCAUUUCUAAGCACUUUGAACUUAGAUUGGUCUUGCAAUAGGAUCUUUACAGAUUCCCUUGCCAGUUCCCUCUUGCUCUUCACCACGGAACCAUUACAGAACUAAGGAAAUUUUCUUUAAAUGGUAUGCAUAAAAGGGAUAUGCAUAUUGGUAAAAGGAGUGUGCAUAUUGUUAAUUGCCCCUAUAAUAGAGCAAUGCUCUCUUAUCUUCAGAACACAGUGGGCAUGAUUAAUCUAAAAUUAAGUACUUUUCAAUUCCAUUGAUUUCCAUAGGAAAAAUCCAGAACAUAUUGCAGCUAGACUGUGCUAAAUCUAUUUUUGAUUAGAUCUUUGAUAUGGAGCGAGCUGCCUACCUCUACUCUAAAAGCCUUCAUCCCCCAGUUCUUUGUUGAAUCUACAGAAUCAACUAUGAGAAUUCCCAUGGUAAAUGGCAGCUCCGUAACACUAAGCUUAUCCUUAGCUUACUGAGUUGAAAGGGUUGGGAUGGGCAGGAAAUGGCAAAGACAGGGGAACAGUGGGAGUGAAGAGACCUGGUCGCCUGACAUCCUGAAGUAUUAGAACCUAAUACUAAGAGAGGAAUACUUGGGGGCAUGAAGAAUAAAUCAGGAGACACAACAAUUGGCUCAGUGUCUAUCAAGGUGUAUCCAAAAUGGUUCUUGCUUUGAUUCUGCCUGGUGUUGCAUUUACUUCAAAAUGUUUUCUUUGUUCCUUUUUUAUUUUUAAAGGGCAGUAACAGUAGAAUAGUACAAAUGCUUGUCUCUGAAAUGGCAAACUUUGAAAAGUCUUUAAAAACCUGGUUAAAUGUGCAUUAAUGCCAAUUCAAACAUCAUGAAUUAAUCUAGGUUAUCCUUUUUGUCCAUUUCUUUUUCCGUAGCCAAUGAAAAUUAUAAGCAAGUGGCCAUGUGUAUUCUCUACCAUAUAAGCAUGGAUGAUCGCUUUAAAUCGAUGUUUGCAUACACAGACUGCAUUCCUCAGGUAGGUGUGUCUUCUUUUCAAAUGGCCAUUUCACCCAUACUGGAUUAUUCCUCAGUUUCUUUGUAGCAGAAUUCAUAAGGACAUUACAGUAAAAGUGACAAUAUUUUCCCCCUUUCUAAUGCUCUUCAAUGGCUUUUUUGGGGGGGUUAACCACCCAUUUUUCUUCUAGGCGAUAGGAUUUGCCCAUUGAUUUGGCAGGCAAAUGCUUCGCCUCUGUUUUGUUGCAGUGCUGCUCCUGAUCAUUUUUAGAAAUUGUAACUCCAAAAAGCUGCUGCUGCUUCAGAAAAAUCUCAGCAGGAAGGUUUUGAAAUCUAUAUUUCUUGUAUGGUCUUGGGAUUUUCUGUUGUUUUCAGGCAAUUUAUGUAGUUUUGGAUCUCUAUACUUUUGAGCUUUCACUGAUCAAUGGUAACAGGUUACUCUCCUUGGUUCAGUCUAUUCAUUAGUAACUUUACUGAAAAAUGAAUAUUUAUGGUAUUUCAAACUGGGUUCACCUAAGUUAGACUUCUUUUAUCUGCUUCAUAAGUUUAUUUUGAUAUGUUGGCUCUCCCAAAGUCCACAUCCUUUCCCAUGUAAAUUGGACCUAAUGCUUUGGGUCCUGCUUUCUGGAGCGCCUUUUGUCUAUGUUGAAAUUGAUAUUAAACACCCCAUAACCUACUUAGACUCCAGUUAUAUCUAGGUCGGUUCUUGCUGCACUCGCCAGUGGUUUGACAUGACAAAUGAUAAAGCUGGUAGCGAACAGCCUUGAUGAGUUCCUGAAGAGCUUCAGUAGUCUGAUUUUGUACUGUUUGUCACUACAGAGAUACUGCUUACCUUUAGUAUUUAUAUUCCGAACUGGUUACGUUCAAGUUUUAAAAGUUAAGUCUGCAUAAUCAGCAUUUUUCUAGGGCAAUAAAGAGUUGUGAUUACUGUUCUAUUUGUUUGUAAUCCUGCUAGUCUUCUGGCAUCCAAAUACAUAUGCAGCUGUGAGAACUUACGUCUUAAAAGAAUAAAUUUGAAUUCUCAGGCUUGUAACUGGAGGUUAUACGAAAGUGCUACAUGGACUGCAAAUCAACUCACUUUUGUGAGUUAGACGCUUCUGUGGGUUUUCGGUUUGCAACCUGUAGGUUCAUUGGGUUGCUAUCUUUUUAAAAACCAUUUUUAGUGGCUGAAAGGAAUGCAAUAUCACUGGAAGGCUCUCAUGCCUUGCCCGAGUUAAUGGGUGCUAUUGUAGUAAGAGUUAAAAGUGAGCAUUAACAGUCCAUUCUUGUUUAGACCCCAGCAGUGCAUGCUUUAUUUAAAUAGGUGCAAAUGCCAUCCAGAUGUUUAUGAAAGCAUUUAUAGGUAAUAGCCUGGCCAAUCAAAGGGCAUGGUUGUACUGUGAUGUCAUCGUGAUAUUCAAUAUUCUUCCACAGAGCAGUAUGCAAACUCCUCUGCAGCUUACUUAUCCACAUGUUUUUCCAUCACAGUUGUCAGUUGGGCCUCUCUUUGAUCUGCAAGCUUCUUUUUAGCUUAAUGCUGGUAAACGUUCUCUCUUGACAGCCCCCUUUGCUUUUGUCCACCAUUAUCUGCUGAAGUUCAGAAACCAGAGCAUUACUUCAAACAUUAAGAGUGAGGGAGUAGCCAGUCAAGAGAGAUUCUUGAGGCAUGCAGUUCUGGCAUAAUCAUUCAAAGAUGUUUGAGCUGGGGAGAGGGAGAGGGCUGGACUGAGGUGUAUGAACGGAAAGCUGUGGGGGUUGGCCUCUGGUCACUGGUAAAUAAGUGAAGUCAGGUGCCAGAGAGUCUAGACACAGUGAUUUUAGUCCUGGGCUGUGGUAUCUGAUACUCAAUAUGGGACUUGUCUGAUUGAAAACUACUGCCUCUUCAUUGCACACGCUGCAGCCCUUUUACUGCUUUCCUGCUAAAUGAAGAAAAGAUGACAAUGGACAUAGUAAAAGCAGAACAAAUUUAAUUUUAAUAUUUCCUAUUUGGCAGCAAUUACACUCUCCUUUGAAGUGGCAUGAGUAGCAAUCAAAUUAAAUGAAGACAUAAUGGGAAACAUGGAGCUCGUACCAAAGGAUUAUUCUAAAAACUUGAACUAGUUUAGAUAAAAUUACAGGACUUCCCUCCCUUUCUACAGGAAUGCAGUUCAGCGCUGGCAGCACACUUUAACUUCAAUUCAUUUUUCAUUUAAUUAAGAGAGGACAAUUUUAUCUUCUAAAUACAAUAGAUAAUUUACAGACAGAUUACAGGUGAAAUCAUUUAAUUCAGUGGGUCUGCACUGCGUAUGACUUAGUUGGAGGAUCCCCUUUUGCAUUUUUAGAUUAAGUCCUUUGCAGAUUCAAGUAGGUCAAAAUAAGUUAAAACAAUUCUUUAAAAAGAUAGUUUAAAAGACUUUUUUUAGAAACCUAAAACCUCCCUUAAAAGAAUCAAGUCUUCGAAAAAGUUAUAUGAUCUAAGAAAGUCUUUAAAAGAAUCCUUCCAGGAGAAUUUAAAAAUUAUAAAGUAGUACCUUAGAGACCAACUGAGUAGUUUUAGGUAUAAGCUUUCGUGUACAUGCACACUUCUUCAGAUACAUCCUUUGCAGAUGUUUAAUUCCUGCUCUGUAGCAUUCCCCAUUCUUGAUAUGAAAACCAAGCAUCAGGACAGGUAAAAGGAAGUCCUCCUUCACACAGUACGCUGUUAAACUGUGAAAUUUGCUGCUACAGAAAGGUUUUUCUGACUUCUUAAACUCUCUUCUGUUGCAGUUCUUUAUUACAUUAUCUUUCUCUUCAUUGCUGCAGUACGAGGUCACAUUUGUUAAACUGCUCUGGCAAUUGUGUAGCUGAAAAGCAGUCUAUAAAUGCUUAAAAUAAAAUAAAAUAAAAAUCAUAAGGUGUUGUACUCUAAGAGACUUCUAGGCAUACUGAAGGAGUAUUCCAGGCAUGUGGAAUAGUAAGGAAGAAAAGACUUGAGGGCAGGUCUGCACCAUACAUUCAAAGCAUGUGACACCCACCCCCAACCAAAUCUUGGGAACUAUAUGUUAAGUUGUGGGUGAACAUAUCAGACAACACUGCGAUUCUUCAGAGGCCAGAACAGAACAGAACUGCAGGGCUCAGUCAGUCUGCUUAUAUAGAGCUCCAGUACAACGUUACUGUAGCAACUUUCUAAAACUAGCCAAUCACUGAACGUCACUUUCGAUCCUUCAUUUGCAUAACUAUCUACAGUAUCCCCCUGCUGGCCCAGGGUGAGAACUUCAGUACAUAACACUAUAGUUUCCCCGCCCAGAACUGCAAUUCCCAUCCCAUAAAAACUACAUUGUUGGGUGGGGGGAGCUAUGUGUGCAUUUCAGUGUGCAUUGAAUGUGCCUUAAUAUAUGGUUUGGAUCUGUUCCCAUGGGUGUUCCAAAGUCCUACCAGCAGUUGAGGAUGGCAGACCUGCAGGGGCAAAAGGGGGGGGGGGACAGGGCUACUGAAGAUGCCAGAGGUAAAAACAAAAGAUAUGUGUUGAAUCUGAUAUAAAAAAAUAGGGGUGGUUGGCCUUUGCUGCCCAGCUGAGUCCCCUAAGUCCAUGUUCCGUCAGAGAUGAAUGGAUGGAGGCAGGAUGCAGUGAAAGCAAGGCUGAUCUUUGUUUUUCUGUUGCAACAGAGUUCCCUCCCCUCCUUGCAAGGAGGCAAGAGAGACCCAGAACCAAUAAAAAACAUUUCUUUUAAGGGUUUUUCAUCCCCUCUACGAACCGUCAGAAAUUACAUCACACAUAAGGUGGGGUUACUGUGUCUCAGGCAGGCCAAGGUGUGAUAUUCUUGAGGAUUUAGCAAGUUUUACAUAUUUCCAGAUUCUUAAGGAAAUCAGCCUUGAGUGCUCACUGGAAGGACAGAUCCUGAAGCUGAGGCUCCAAUACUUUGGCCACCUCAUGAGAAGAGAAGACUCCCUGGAAAAGACCCUGAUGUUGGGAAAGAUGGAGGGCACAAGGAGAAGGGGAUGGCAGAGGACAAGGUGGUGGGACAGUGUUCUCGAAGCUACCAACAUGAGUUUGACCAAGCUGCCUGCCUGGCGUGCUCUGGUCCAUGGGGUCACGAAGAGUCGGACACGACUAAACAAAAACAAAACAACAUAGUUCCAGACACAGUUUAUACAAAACAUUAGCAUUUGAUAAGACAAUUGGGAUGCCAGUCAGACAUCCCUCAGUGCAGAGCAUCUGGGCAAACAGUGAUCAAUAACAGGAAGGUUCAUUGAUAUAGGAGAGGAAUCCCUUCAGGAACUCCCCCUGACUGCUAUCUGCCUGCAUUUUCUCAGACAAGGGGGAUUAAAGAGGCAGAGGAAAUAUUGAGAGUCUUUAGAAGAACCAAGAUGGCUUUUGGGUUGCUCUUCUGUACUAUUUUAGACAUGUGGGUUAUAAAGUAUAUGUUUGUGUGUUUACCUUGUGCAGUUAUCAAUGUUUAUUCUCUAUAUGUUUAUUCUAUAUUUGAGACCUUAGAAUUCCUAUAACAGAUAGGAGACUGGAUUGAAGCUAGUGUAGAAAUCUUAAGGAGUGUCACACAAUGUGAACUCUUGAGAGAUGUGAAUGUUUCUGGUGGUAAAAUUCUGGAGGUAAGAGGGCCGAGAUGUGACAAUGAAAGGCUAGAGUGGAGAAAGUUGCAGUAGAAUGUGAACAUGAACCAAAGGUUUCACCAAGGAGAUGGAGAGGUAGGUUGGUAUAGUAUUGGGCUAGGACCUGGAAGAUCAGGGUUCAAACCCUCCUCAGCCAUGAAGCUCAUUGGUUGACCUUGGGCCAGUCAGCUUAACUAUCUCACAGAGUUGUUAUAAGCAUACAACGGAGUAAUGUACAAGUUUGUACAUUGCCUGAGCUCCUUGGAGGGCAGGUGGGAGAUAAAUGUAGGAAUAAAUAAAUAAUUUUUGUCACUUUGUACAGAAAGAAACAACAGUAUAUGGCAGCAGACGGAAGGUCAGUUAAAUUUUAGAGUGUUUUAUCUUUAAGGCAUUUUGAUAAAGAUAAAAUCAGUCCUUUGGCUGGGAAGAUUAAAAACCCUCCUUUUAUGUAUCUUUGCAAAAGCCCUUAAUUAUCCAUAUUAAUCAAUGAGUCGCAGCCUCAAUGAUCUCAUUAGGAGCAUAUUAUGGACGACAAUUUAUCUUGUAAAAUAUAUGUGUUAGUUAAACCAGGUUUAACCUCAUCACCGAGAGGCCAUAAUAUAAUUACGGAGCCAGAACCCACUUUAGCAAUCUAACUGAUGACAUUUUACAGAACUGUGCCGUUUCCAUUUCUUCCUGGAGGGAAAAAUACUCUAGCCCUCAUACUGGAAGACGAAAGGGCAAAUACAUUUUUGUUCCCUUAGGAUUGGGAAGCAGAAAGGAUCUGAGCACUGGAACUCCUAAAGGAAAUAUUUACAUAAACUGGAAUUGUAACACUGCUAAAAUGCCGCUUGUGCUGAUUGGGCACAGAGUGUGUCCAUGUUACAAAGGUCUGAUAGCAGCAUGGGGCAGGGGGGAAAUCGGUUGGGAAUUAUUUCACUGCAUUCUAGUGCAGUGCUGAAUUGUUGGAGGACGAGAAGGUGGGGAAAUGCAGGUCCCAGAUAGGGGUGGUGGAGAUGGGUACCCUUUUAACAGUGUGUAAUCGCCACUGUACACCUAAAUCCUAAGAGAUAAGGAAUGAGGCCAAAUUGUAUGUCUUAGUUGAGGAUGUUUAUGUGAACCUACUUUGCAGUAUUUAUAUGGGGUGUCCAAAUCUUGCAAGAUUUCCUGGGUCAAAUCAGAAGCAGAUAAAAAGUCUUAAAAUCACAUAUUCAUUGUCUUUGUUGUUGUUGUUGUUGUUGUUGUUGUUGUUUAGUCGUAUCCGACUCUUCAUGACCCCAUGGACCAGAGCACACCAGGCACUCCUGUCUUCCACUGCCUCCCGCAGUUUGGUCAGACUCAUGUUUGUAGCUUCGAGAACACUGCCCAACCAUCUCGUCCUCUGUCGCCCCUUCUCCUUGUGCCCUCAAUCUUUCCCAACAUCAGGGUCUUUUCCAGGGAGUCUUCUCUUCUCAUGAGGUAGCCAAAGUAUUGGAGCCUCAGCUCAGGAUCUGUCCUUCCAGUGAGCACUCAGGGUUGAUUUCCUUCAGAAUGGAUGCGUUUGAUCUUCUUGCAGUCCAUGGGACUCUCAAGAGUCUCCUCCAGCACUAUAAUUCAAAAGCAUCAAUUCUUCGGCGAUCAGCCUUCUUUAUGGUCCAGCUCUCACUUCCAUACAGCACUACUGGGAAAACCAUGGCUUUAACUAUACAGACCUUUGUUGGCAAGGUGAUGUCUCUGCUUUUUAAGAUGCUGUCUAGGUUUGCCAUCGCCUUUCUCACAAGGAGCAGGCAUCUUUUAAUUUCGUGACUGCUGUCACCAUCUGCAGUGAUCAUGGAGCCCAAGAAAGUAAAAUCUCUCACUGCCUCCAUUUCUUCCCCUUCUAUUUGCCAGGAGGUGAUGGGCCCAGUGGCCAUGAUCUUCGUUUUUUUGAUAUUGAGCUUCAGACCAUAUUUUGCGCUCUCCUCUUUCACCCUCAUUAAAAGGUUCUUUAAUUCAUUGUCUAGAAACAAUAAUUCAUGGUUCUGUUUGAGACCAUUUCUCUCUUGCAAGUGACAGCUGCCUCAAAUAGAGAAAUGCAACAUUUUAGCAUAACUGUGAUUGGGCAGCGGUUUUUCUUCUUGCAAACCAAGUAUGGCAAUGAACAGAUACUCAUCAUGUUCUUUCUGACCCCAGCCUUUUUGCAACUAAACAUGUGGUGUUAAUUUUGUUAAGGGUGAAAUGCUUUAAAAACUGCCUUGCAAAGAAGGUCUAUCAUUGUGAUUCCCAGAUCGCAGGUCAAGGGAACUGUGGCUGGGAGAGCAUGGCUUGUUCCUCUGUAGUCGAUUUAGAAAAGCUAAUAAUAAACGCAAACAUAAAAUUCUGCAUAUUGAAGCACAAUAAAACAAUUCCAUUCUGAUGAACAUAUCCGUAAAAUAUCUUUCUAAUGAUGAAAUACUACACAUUUACUAGGGAGUAAGCCUCAUUGAAUAUAGUGGGACUUCUGAGUAAACAUGUGUAGGAUUAUGCUGUAUAAGGCAUUUAUGAGUAAUUCAUAUAUAUAUAAGUCCACACGACCAUGUCUCGCAUAAGGAGACACGUUAUAGAAAAAUAGGGGGGCUGGCUUUUGCUGCCCAACCCUCCAUAGGACUAAGUCCCCUAAGUCCAUGAUUGGUCCAUGAUCGGUCAGAGAAGAAUGGAUAGAGGCAGGAUCCAGUGAAAGCAAGGCAGAUCUUUAUUUUUCUGUUGCAAGAGAGUCUCCCCACUGUUGGACUGGGGUGAUGGAAUAAAAACUUGCCCACAAUAUCUUUGCUUGCUUUAUUUUUAAAUAAUAUUUAAACAGUUGCAACUCACCACUCUACACCAGCCAGUACCAUACAAAACGUUUGGUCAACUUAAAUACAGUUUUCAAAAUAAUCAAUUACCCUAUCACAUCGCUGCAUCACAUAACUCCACCUCUAAUUAGUUACGUUGUUAAGAUACAGGUGUGCUGAAACAUUGAUAGUUCGCAGGUGUGCUGCCAUGCAACACAUUAUUAUAAACAAACGCAUACCACUCAGUAGCACCGUUGACCACAUCAAUACUGUAUUAAGAAAACCCAACACCCCCCCCCCUUCUCAAGGAGGUAAGAGAAACGAAGAAUGAAGUGUGCAGGAACCUUUAAGGACGUUUGACAUUGCCCAACCCCAUAGCCAAAGACCACCCUAAAAACACCAUACAUACACCACACAUCUCUGCAUCCUGUACUGGUUGUGUUUGAUCAUUUAUAUUGGCCUGUUACACUGUCUAUCUUCCAUAUACUUUUUUGCUCUAGGACUAACUUACUGCCUUUCUUUCCCUGCCUAAAAGUUGUCCAAGAACACCAUCCACAAAGAGCUGCUGCACAACUUCCACUCACAUUUUUAUUGGUGACCUAAGUUGUUUCACCAAGGUCUGCCACCAUAUUUGAGCAAUGCAUGGGGCAGAUAAGUUGAGAUGAUGUGGCUGUCUUCUUCUUUGGCGAUCACUCGUAGCCGAGUAAGAUUGUCUUCCAUGAACAUGGUCUUAACAGUGACUGUGGAGGCCAAUUCCUGAUCAACACGUCCUUCCACAGUGGGGACAUAGGUUUCUGGGCAGGAGUUGAUCACAGUGAGAGUUUGCCAAGUGUGCCUUCCACUUAGCAUGUUUCUCCCUUUCGUCCCAAGUUCGAGCAUCUUCAGGGUCCAUGGCACCUUUGGUAAAGGCUGUUCUCCAGUUGGAGCGCUCACAGGCCAGUGUUUCCCAGUUGUCAGUGUUUAUACUACUUUUUUUUUUAGAUUUGCCUUGAGAGUCUUUAAACUGUUUUUGUUGACCACCAACGUUAACCUUUCCAUUUUUAAGUCCGAACAACAUGACCAUCUAACAAAGUUGAUGUUGAAGAAUCAUUGCUUUGACACUGGUGAUCUUUGCUUCUUCCAGUACACUGGCUUUAGUUCGCCUGUCAUGUGGGUUUCAUGUAAGAGAUGGGUUCAUUUUUAUUGCUACUAAUGCAGUUGCUUGACAUUUAUGUGUUGAUAGUUAAUGAAGAUGUUGUUUGAGUGCCCUGAUGAACGUGUCGACCUCGAGCUCAUUUCCUUUUGCAUUAACCUGGCAGCUAACAAGAGAAAUGUACAACUCAUUUGUGAAGGUGAGUAUUCCACUAUGGCUGAGGAACUGCUUAACUAUGAAUAAUGUCAUGAAUCAGGAUUGGCUCAACCCUGACUUGAUUUAGAAAAUGAACCAGUUCCAAUACAGAUCUUUAAAGGACCUUACUUCCCUUAGUUGAAGGAGCAGCCAGCUUAUGUCUACCUUCUUGUUCCAUGUUUCAGAUAUGCAACAGAACCUGCUCUCAUACCCCAUGACUCCUAAGUUUAUUCAACAGCUUUAGUUAGUAGAUUCUGUCAAAAGCAUUUUAGAAGUCCGGGUAUACAAUGACUACCAGAUUAGCCCUGUCUGUAUACUUUUUGACACUUGAAAAUCUCAAAAGACUGGCCAAAUAAGACUUUGCUAUGCAAAAUCCAUGAUAAGUCUUCCUUAGAAAGAUGUAGUAUUCAGUAUAUACAAAUAUGUAGUUUAUAAGAUUACAAAAAAUUUAUAAUAUAUUUUGUGUAUAAGAUGAUUGUUGUUGUCAUCUGUCCUGCAACCCUAGGAAGAAGGAUGAGAUAUAAAUCUCAAUAACGAAUGAAUGAAGGGAAGUUUUCUACCAAAUUACUAAGCCAGUCUUUUUUCGUUCUUUUUUAAAAGAGUCUCCCCCCCAUUAAGAAAAUAAACAAUAAAACAUGCUAUCACUGAUAGCAGCUUACAGGAGAGCAAUCUAAUCAAGACUACUACCUUUGAUAUAAAUAGUCAGCUCAGUAGGUCUACUCUGUGUAGGACUAACAUUGCAUACCACCCUUUGUUGACUACUUAUAGCAAGCCCCUACCAUGAUGUGAUGUUGUUUGUUGUUUGUGCUACAUAACCAGAGUAGGCAUCAUGUACAAUGUAAAUAGAUUGGAUGGUCUCUUUGUUAAUGUUGUAUACAAAAUGUUAUAAUCAAUUGGUUCAUACAUUUCUCCCUCCCCUUUCAUUUGGGUUGUUUCUUUUCAGGAAAUGGACUGAAGAUGCUGAUGAAGAGAGCACUGAAAUUCAAGGACCCAUUAUUGAUGAAGAUGAUUAGGAACAUCUCUCAGCAUGAUGGGCCAACCAAAACUUUGUUUAUUGUAAGCAUGCCUUAUAAGUAAUUUCUACCCUUCAUAAGGUGGGGGACUUGUUUUAUUUUAAUGAAAUUGAAUAAUGGAUAAAAUAACUUCACGUUGAACACUGCACUUGAUCAUUUGCAGCUUUGCCAAUGCUUUCACUUCACAUGACUUAAUUAUGUUGGAAUACUAUAGUAAACAGUGUUAACUCUGACUUCUCUAGUUCAUAUUACUGCAUGCCAGGUUUUUUUUAAAAAAGAUAAUUUCUUCUGUCCUUCCUGUUGCUGUGCAGUAGCUGAUUACUGAGUGUUCAGACCUCAGCAUCCCUGCCAUCAUCUGUCUUAUAAGAAUAUCUGACUUGCCUUUAUAAAGCUGUUACCAUGUGUAUGGAGUGCUUUGAAUACUGAGAAUGUAUUUGCAAGUAUUUUUGAAAGUGUAGUUGGCAUUCAUAUAGCACUUCUUUCUAAAUUUAGAUUUUAAUAUAUAAAAAAGUAUUUGUUGGACUGGAUAAUGAGUCUGGAACUGAAAAAGUAUUCAUUAGCUUGACAUAGGAAGAACAGUUAAGGGUUUCUGUUGCCAAAGUACACUCUUGAUGUCGGAUCCACAAUAUUGCGUGUGUGUUGUCUUUCUAAUAUAAUCAGCAGUUUAGUAACCACCUAGGCACACCUGCUCAUUCCAGUUCACCAGCAUUGUAACAGACAAUGCCUUUUCCUUUAUGCAUGCAGUGUAUUUGUUAAAUGCUUGCUUUAUUUGUUUGUUUAGGAUUAUGUUGGUGACCUAGCUGCCCAGGUAUCAAAUGAUGAAGAUGAGGAAUUUGUGAUCGAAUGCUUGGGAACACUGGCCAAUUUGACAUUGCCUGAUUUGGAUUGGGAACUUGUCUUGAAAGAGUACAAAAUGGUACCAUACCUCAAAGAUAAAUUAAAGCCAGGUAUGUAUUAUGAAUGCCUAGUAAUUCAAGAUACUUUGUUUUUCUGUGCGGCAUGGUUGUAGGUUCAUUAAUUUGCACGGGUUUUACUUUGAAUUUUGGGAAGUUGAAGAGCAUAAAGUAACACUUCAGCAAACUUUCAUAGUUGGGCUAAAAUCCCAAAUGACAAUCCAGUCAUGGUCUGAUUCUCAGUCAGACAAAAACAUCAGAUAUCCUAGUCAGGUUUUUGAAACUAUAUAGGGGGCUUUCCCCCGUAUCCAGAAAACAAGUUUUCUAGAGGUAUAAACCAAUAAUCAUAUGUUUUCAUUUACUACCCAGAUAUGCUUUCACAUCUGUACAAGCUUUAAAAUGUAGUUUUCCUAUAAAUAGCCAGCGGCUUCCAUGCUCAAAGUCUUUCUGACCAGAAAUCCAAAGAAGAGUCUGAUGGGGUGUGUUUUAUGACACGUGUGUGCUGAUUUUCUUUGCUGGUGGCAGCUGUUUGCACAUUAUGGACCGCCAUUCCAGACGGUCUCCUGACAUUUAGGGGUAAAGAGGUUACAGGGGCUAAAAUAGAAAAGGUAAAGGGACACCUGACCAUGAGGUCCAGUUGUGACUGACUCUGGGGUUGCGGAGCUCAUCUCGCUUUAUUGGCCGAGGGAGCCGGCGUACAGCUUCUGGGUCAUGUGGCCAGCAUAACUAAGCCGCUUCUGGCGAACCAGAGCAGCGCACGGAAAUGCCGUUUACCUUCCCACCGGAGCGGUCCCUAUUUAUCUACUUGCACUUUGACGUGCUUUUGAACUGCUAGGUUGGCAGGAGCAGGGACCGAGCAAUGGGAGCUCACCCUGUCGCCAGGAUUCGAACCACCGACCUUCUGAUCAGUAAGUCCUAGGCUUUGUGGUUUAACCCACAGUGCCACCCGCGUCCCAAAAUAGAAAAAAUAGAAAGGGUACAGCUCUUUAAAUCCUGAUUUCUCUGUUUGGCAAAAUAAACCAAGAAAGCUGACUUUACUUUGCCAAAUGAUUAACAAAUACAGGAAGAGACAGUGUUAUAACACCUGUGGAUUAUCUAGGCUUCCUUCCCUUUCUCCAGUAAUAAUGAUUGUGACACAUUACAGUAAUGCACUUGAUCAUGCAUGUGCCCUCUCAAGCUCUGUCCCUCUUGGCUAAUCAAAUCUAGCUGGCAAGGUUUAACCAGCUGGGUCCAGGAGGUGGUAAUUAUGUCUUUACCUAAGGCAGUGAUGGCCAAACUUGGCCCUCCAGCUGUUUUGGGACUACAGUUCCCAUCAUCCCUCAUCACUGGUCCUGCUAGCUAGGGAUGAUGGGAGUUGUAGUCCCAAAACAGCUGGAGGGCCAAGUUUGAUCAUCACUGGCCUAAGGGGAUUGUCCCCACUGCCAUUAAAGAGGAAGUAUUACAGCCACUCCUAAAGAAGCCCACCCUGAACCCAAUGCUUUGUGACGGCUUUCGACCAACCACAAAUACCCUGUUUGGGGGGAAGGUGAUCUAGGCGGCAUUGGUGGUACAACUGCAGACAUUCUUAGAAUAUACCAGUUAUCUAGACCUAUUCCAGUCUGGUUCAGCGCUGACUUUGGGAUGGAAUCAGUCAACGUCGCCCUGAUUAAUGACCUUUAUAGAGAGAGCAAGACAAGUAAAGCAUGACCUUCUCCUCAGUCUCUCUGCAGCUUUUGACAUCUUUGAUGAUGGCAUUCUCCUGGACCCAACUGGGUACUGGGGGCAUGUUUUACAGAGGUUCCACUCCUACUUCCAGGGUCAGCAUAGUAUUGAGGAAGUGCUCUUCUGCUCUGUGGCAGUUAGGCUAUGGCGUUCUGCAGAGCACAGUUUUGUCCCCAGUGCUAUUUAACAUAUAUAUGAGGUCAUUGAGAGAGGUCAUUGGGGCAUUUGGAACAUACUGUUGUCAGUACACCGAUGGCACUCAGCUCUAUUUCUCCAUAAUAUCUGUAUCAUGUGUAGUGGUGCAGGAACUGGACUGGAGCCUGGAUGCAGUGCUGGGCUGAAUGAGGACCAAUAAACUGAGCUUGACUUCUGGUAAGAUGAGUGCAGGGCUGGUGAAAAUGCUCUGAAGGACCCAGUGCUUUUUUCUGGGGGGGGGGGGCACAAGGGUACGCAUACCCCUAAACAUUUUGUGAAUCUUUGUACUUUUGUCUAUUUACUGUAUUUAUUUUCCCCGAUUUGAACUAUAAAAUGGUGAUUUUCUUUAGUCAGAAUGAGAGUACCCCUAAACAUUUGUUUAGAAAAAAAAGCACUGGAUCUAACAAUCCCUUACCAGAUAUUGAAACUCCCAAAGCAACGGUUGUCUCAAAGAACCUGUGACAUAGGUGCUGUCCUAAAGUCUUCCUGGCUAUUAGCCCACUGCAUCGGUUUUAAAAAAAAAAAAGAGAGAGAGAGUUUAGAAUGGGGCAGAGGAGUAAUGAUCAGCAACCCUGUUGUACUUUGUUGGGGCUGAAGGCUAAACAAGGAUGUUGCAUCAGUAUGGCAGACACCUCAGAUGCUUGCUUGCCGCUAAAAAAAAGAAGUUUUGCUGGCCAUAUUGAAAGAUUCUCUCUGGGUGUGGCUUUCUUCCAGCAUGAAGCUUAGUGUGUGUCUGUGGGAUUCAACAAUACCCUCUCUCUUUGUUAAAUUUAUCAGGUUCUGCAGAAGAUGACCUUGUUUUGGAAGUGGUGAUAAUGAUUGGCACAGUGUCCAUGGAUGAUUCUUGUGCAGCGCUGCUAGCUAAAUCUGGGAUUAUUCCAGCACUCAUUGAACUACUAAAUGGUAUGUUAUUAAGAAUCUCCUAUGGAUGUUGGGUGUGUGUGUGUGUGUGUGUGUGUUUGCGCACAGUUCCCAGUUCCACAAGUCUGUAAGCACUUGAGUAUUAAACCUAUGUUGCGAAAGCUUAUUUAAUGUUAGAUUGUUUAUUGCCCUCUGAUGCUCAUCCAAGACAAAUACUUUCAGUGGAUAUACCACUUCAAAAAAAAAAAUUGUACAAAAAUUACUGUGGAAUUUUUUUCGACGAGAGCAAUUUACUUCAUCUUAGCAACUCCUCUGAGUAGACCUCUCAUUAAAAAUAAGAAUAUUCAAGAGGUUGGGACUUGAAAUGCUAACUCUUCUCUGCCCCUUCUUCAAGAAGGCCGGCUAUUAUUAAUGUUUGGCUCCAUCUUCUUUUGACCUUGGACAAGCUAAAAAUGGGGCUUGUACGUUCCCUCUACUGUGCCCCAUCUCUUUAUUCUUCCCAACCCUUGCCUUUCCCCAAGCUAAAGAAGUUUUCCGUUGGCAAAGGAGAAGGGGUAAUGAUCUACAGAAGACUCCUUUCAGCUGUAACGAAAGGAUGCAUUGGUGAAAAGCAGCAGCUCACAUGCGGGGCAUGGCUUAGAGCUGAGAAAAGGGACACAUGCUCUCUGGAGAGCUGUUCUCAGUUCAGCUCAAAGGAGAGCGGAAACACAUCACUAACCCAGAACUGAGCUUCAGAUGGUUUUGACUUGGGAAUUCAGUGUGACUUUCGACAAAGGACCAGCCCCUCUGAGGCAGUAGGGUCCUGGGAACCACAUAUUUCAGGGGAGUGACUACUACCAAGGCUGACCAGAAUUUGAGGACCCCACCCUUCCACAAGUUAUGGAUUAUUAUUAUUAUUUUACUUGAGCAAGGGGGGUGUCUAGUAGUGAAGAGGGUGUGGUGAAUAAAUUGGACUUUUCAAGUCUUCCAGAUGAACACUCAAAAAUCCCUUGAGGUUUUUUAAGUUUUGAAUUGGAACACUUUAAAAGCCCAAUUUAUCUUCAGGCCAAUCUGGCACCGGUUGACACAUUCCUGACUUUCCAGAUGUGAGAUGGACAUGUAGAUUAAGCCUGAAAACUGCACAUUCUGUCUACUUCACGUCUUGAAACUUGUGACUGCUACUUUCCCUCUGCAAAGUGGUAUCAGCGCAUGAGUGAUUAACAGGAGAGGAGAAAUUUAGGAAGUGUGUGUGGGGGGGUGUCUAACCUUUCCCUUGCCUGCCAUUUUCCACAAUUCUCUUCCUAGUGGUUUUUAUUCCAACCUAUGCCUCCGUCACAAACACAGAUCUGGGAUGCCAGCUGGAAAAUAAGUGGCAGGGGUGUGGAAAGUUGGCAGGAGCAUGAUUAAAUUCCUUUCUCCAAACUGCCACUUCUGCCUACACAUUGCUUCUUCUUGGUGCUGCUUUGCUCAGGAAAAGUGGUGCCCAGAUUUCCUGGAUGUGGAGUCGGAGUGCAGUGGGUAGUUCUGUCCUAAAGGCAAGGAGAGUUGUGCUCCAAAGCCCUGCCUUCUGUCCUUAAUGCAGGCAACCACCUCCAUUGUCCACCUCCUUCAGAACUAGUUUAAAAAACAAACAAGGAGUCACUUUUUACUUCAAGCAGACCAGGGACUCCUAGUUUACAGUGAAACCUCAGUUCUCGAACAUCUCUGUUGAUGAGCAAUUUGGAACCCGAACGCCGACAACCCAGAAGUAAUUGCUUCCGUUUCUGAAUGCGCCUCAGAAUUCGAACAGCUUUCUCCAUUUUUUCAAUGGAUUUUGCUGGCCACCCUUUGAUCUUCGGUUUUCAAACUUUUCGGAAGCUGAAUGGUCUUUUAGAAUGGAUUACAUUCAAAAACUGAGGUUCCACUGUAUUUGCUUUGAGCUAGGCCAGGUAGCAGAGCUAUUUGGAUUUAGAGGGUGGGAUUUUCACUUUUGCUUUUUUUAUGGAAGUGGCCUGAGCAAAGACAAUUCUUGGGGUUAAGUGGGUGGAGCAAAGCAGUGUGCUAACUCAGAGUGCAUAUCUUCCAAAUCUCCAAAAGUAAAAUGGGGUGGGAAGAUUGGUGGCAUAUUCUGCCCUCCCCCCACCCUCCAAAGCGAGAAGAAUAUGUAGAAAGCUGUAGAAAGUAGUGGCAUUGAUUUCCUUCCAAUUCAGGAUGUCCCUUGGAAUUAUAAGCGCAUGCUUCUCCCCUUCUGUAAGUAACUCUGGAGAACCUUCAGACAAAUGCCACUCCUGAACUUUGGUUAAAACUGGUAUGUUUUUAGUGUAUAUGUUUGUGUGGAUUAUGAUCUAGAAAAUUUAAUGCAUCAUCUUCAUGAUUAAAUGCUAGUAAUUGGGGAUUUAAAGUUUGAUGGGGCAAUUCUUUUUCCUUUUGUAUAGCUCAGCAAGAAGACGACGAGUUUGUGUGCCAAAUCAUUUAUGUGUUUUACCAGAUGGUCUUCCAUCAAGCCACGAGAGAUGUCAUAAUCAAGGAGACUCGUAUCCUUCUUCUAUAGAUCAAAUAGUCCUGCUGCAGUGCUUUUAUUGGUUCUACAGAAUAUGCAGAAGCUCUUAUUUCAAGGUUUCAUCACUAUAGGUUCACCACAGACCAUGCAUUUCUAUUUGAAAUUGAAUUGCUUUGUAUUUUAAAGGUAAAGGUACCCCUGACCGUUAAGGUCCAGUUGCGGAUGACUCUGGGGUUGCACGCGCAUCUUGCUCUCUAGGCUGAGGGAGCCGGCGUUUGUCCUCAGACAGCUUCCGGGUCAUGUGGCCAGCAUGGCUAAGCUGCUUCUGGCGAGCCAGAGCAGCACACGGAAACGCCGUUUACCUUCCCGCCGGAGCGGUACCUAUUUAUCUACUUGCACUUUGACGUGCUUUCGAACUGCUAGGUGGGCAGGAGCUGGGACCGAACAACGGGAGUUCACCCCGUCGCGGGGAUUCGAGCCGCUGACCUUCUGACCGGCAAGCCCAAGAGACUCAGUGGUUUAGACCACAGCGCCACCCGCGUCCGCUUUGUAUUUUAGGAUCAUUUAAAAAUAUAUAUAUAACCAACUAUUUUCUAGAGAUGCAGUGAAGCAAUUGAAGCUAAUAUCGGUGUUGUAUCUUAAGCUGCUAUUUAUUGAGGAGGAGUAACUCCUUUGUGGGGUUACUAGUUUGGUCCUCCCAGGAUUCCUGUGCCUUCCCGGGGCAAAUGUAAUGACUGCAGCCAUGCCUACCACGGAGAUGCAGUGACGGUGAAAGUGUAUUUGUUACUCUUCUGUGUGUCACGCAGCUUUCUUAAAAAUGGGAGCUCUGCAAAAGUGAAAGGGCUGGCAAUCCAAUUAUUCUGUGUUGCCUUCAGAAAUGGCCCCACUUCACAGCUGUGUUUCUGUUCUUAUAAGGGAUAGCAAACGAAAUAACAUGCCUUCUCCUCUUCUGUCCACCCCCAUCCCUGUCACUAAUCUUGGAUGUCUUCAUUCACAACAGGAGGAGAGGCAGUAGGUGGUCAGUUUCAAAGGAUGAUGGCAGGAAUAGCUGUGGUUUUUGAUCUGUAGUUUUUGUUUCCAAAGCUGCUGCUGCUGCUCUUCUGUGAACUCUGCUGCUGACGCUGCAUGGGAUCAUAGCUAUGGGUGGUAUUCCGUUCAGUUUUACUCAGAGUAGACCAAUCAAAAUUACUGGACCUUAGUAAUGUACAUUUUGUUGAGUCUGUUCUGAGUAAAUCUUAGUUGAAUAUCACACUAUGUUAUAACACUCAUUUUUGCUCUGGAAUAGAAGUUGUUUAGUGUAGUCAGGUCAUAGAAUGAGCUUAUUAGCAUGUGUGCUAAACCAUCUCCAUAACAACUGUAUUUUUUUUGUAUCCAUAAACAUUUACAUGACUUUUUAGUAAGGCUGCAAGCUUUAAUAAAAUGUUCAUAUGAUCUUAGCUUAAUGAGUGGCGCUGGGAACAUAUACAUAUGCAAAACAAAUGGCUGUUAUUUCCAUUUUGCAUGUGAUGCUAGCAUAUCUUUAUGCUUUCAAAAUCAGUUACUGUGGGCGGUGAUGUAAUAGGGGAUUAGGGAAUGAUCUGUAUUCCUGCUUUCCAAAUGUAAUGAAAAGAAACACCUAUUGGUUGUUUUUCUUUCUAGCAUUGUUAAUAGCAAGUCUAUCUCCCACUUAAAAAGCACACUCCCUUUUCUUUAGAGUUCUCAGUAAAGGUAAAGGUAAAGGGACCCCUGACCAUUAGGUCCAGUCGUGGCCGACUCUGGGGUUGCGGCGCUCAUCUCGCUUUAUUGGCCGAGGGAGCUGGCGUACAGCUUCCAGGUCAUGUGGCCAGCAUGACUAAGCCGCUUCUGGAGAAACAGAGCAGCGCACGGAAACGCUGUUUACCUUUCCGCUGGAGCAGUACCUAUUUAUCUACUUGCACUUUGACAUGCUUUCGAAGCAGGAGCAGGGACCGAGCAAUGGGAGCUCACCCCGUCGCGGGGAUUCAAACCGCCAACCUUCUAAUCAGCAAGUCCUAGGCUCUGUGGUUUAACCCACAGCACCACCCGCGUCUCAGUAAUUUAAUGUUAACAGAUGUGUGUUUCUUCCAAGCCUUAUGAAGAUGGUUGAAGGAGCUGGAGAUGUUUAGCCUGGAAAAGAGGACACUAGGGGGAGAUAGGUUAGCCAUGUUCAAAUACCUUAAGGGUUGUCACAUGGAGUAAGCUUGUUUACCCCUGCUCUGACAGGUAGGACCAAUGUCUUCAAGUUACAAGAAAGGAGAUUCUGACUCAAUAUUAGGAAGAACUUUCUGACAGUGAGAGCUGUUAGACGGUGGAACAGUCUCUCUCAGGAGGUGAUGGACACUCCUUCCCUGAAGAUUUUAAGCAGAUGUCUGAUGGCCAUCUGUCAUGGAUGCUUUAGUUGAGAUUCCUGCAUUACAGGAGGUUAGACUAGAUGAUGCUUGAGGUCCCUUCCAACUCUGCAGUUCUGCGUUUUAUUUAAAUUAUUUCUUACCUACCCUUCACCACAAGGGUCUAGAAUGAAUUUAAAAUGCUAUGUUAAAAUAAGUUUGAAACAGUUUCUUCACCCCUGGCAUACAUUGUUCAUACCAAAAUUGUAUAGAACACUAUUUGGAGGCAUCCAUAAUUGCUUUACGUCCUUAACUAUGUCUUUGUAGAGGCUCCAGCAUAUCUUAUAGACCUGAUGCAUGAUAAAAAUGCUGAGAUCCGUAAAGUCUGUGACAAUACACUGGAUAUAAUAGCAGUAAGUGACUUUUUACUUUCUUCCUUCUGAGUAUUAAUGAAAAUAACAAGCACCUUUUUUCUGAAAAGCAGUAGUAUUUUCUGACAUGUGACUGAAAAUUAUGUCAAUUGUGUUGCAAAUACGUUUCAGUAAAAUUUGUUCCUCCUAUUUUACUCAGUUAUUUUUGCUUCCAAAAUUAUAGGUGCAUUCAGAAAACUUAGGAUUGGUGGGGUCCUUUAUUAUGCGUUGCCUUUUGAAGUUUCUAUGCUAGGUUAUAUGAUUUAAAAAAACAAUUCAGUGUGUUUAUUUUAAGGCGCUUUCUCCCGUCUUAUAUGGUGAAUAUUUUCUUAUAAAAGAAUAAUUGUUAUACCAUGUGGAUCAGAUCAGAUUGAAAUAUUAGGCAGAAACAGCAACUCCUGUGCACUGAAACACUGCCCUGAAUGUCUGUGUGCAUAAAAACGAGUAAACUCUGUUUUUUCAGAUUAUUUUUUUAGAUGCAAGUGUGUACUUCAAAUGAUUGUUUACAAUAUUUUAAGACUUGGAGAUUUUAAUUCAUGCAAAAUCAUAUUUAUAGUCCUCAAAAAUACUUAAUUUACCCUUGUGAGGAAGUCGCGAUCAGUGGUGUUUUGUAACAUUUUUGCAUGUAUGCAGUUCCCCACCCCUGGAUUAUUUCACCCAUUUAGUACUAUGAUAUACUGUAUUUUUUGCUCCAUAACACUCACUUUUUUCCGUCUAGAAAGGGGAAAUGUCUGUGUGUGUUAUGGAGCGAAUGCCUACGGGUGGCGGGGGGGAUCUGCUGCAGUCGUGAGCAGAGGAUCCAUGGUUCCCCUUCCUUCCCUCCUCCGUGGCUCGCUUUGAAACAGCAAAGCGGGAGAAGAGCCGCUGAGUGGGGAGGAGAGAGGGACAGAGAGCCUGGUUACAAAGCACGGAUCCACAUGGAUCCUCAGGAUUUUUGCACUGGGUCACCCCAAAUUCACCAUCAGAUCACAUAGCAUGUCCAUGGCUGCAGCUUGCACCAAAUAAAUCACGCACCCACUGUUGCCUGGGGCCGCAGUGGUGCAAAAACGUGGUUACAAAGCACGGAUCCACAUGGAUCCUCAGGAUUUUUGCAUUGGGCUACCCCAAACUCACCGUCAGAUCACAUGUCUGUGGCCACAGCAUGAACCACAAAAAUCAUACAUCCACUGUUUCAUUUAGAAUAUUGUUUUUCUUGUUUUCCUCCUCUAAAAACUAUGUGCGUGUUAUGGUUGGGUGCGUGUUAUAGAGCGAAAAAUACGGUAUUUCAUGAAAAUAAAUGUUUCAUAUUUAGUAAGGCAGAGCUGUUUCUCCUAGACUUUGGGUUGUUUCUGUAGGUCAUUCCUGUAUAAAUAUUUGCACAUAGCAUGGUUGCGUCCCCUCUGUGGCUUUUCCAGGUCUCCGGGUCCCCCAUCUUCUGGCUCCAGUAGCAGCUUACUGAGCCUGUGGCGAUUGCCAUCUUGCUGGCAUUUUCUCUCUUCAGAACCUGGAUGUUCUGCUCAAAUCCACUCUGCGGUGAUUAAUGGGGUGAAAGCUUUGGAACCGAUUUUAGGGCUGGAGAAAAAUGGGGUGUGACUAUUAUGCGGUGGCAACGAUUAUGCGAUGAAAUACGGUAGUUUCAGAAUGUAACAUACCAUCUCCACAGUGUGUCUUCACAAUAUAUUUACAAGUCCAACUUGUCUCUCUAUUUCAACUGUACUUUAUUGCCACAGGGCAGAUAAUAAUACUACAUCAGCCUAAAUUGUUGGACAAAUUGUGGUUAGAAGCUAUGUGUUGGCACCGUUUAAGAUAAAUAACCCCAAGAAGUAAAAUUCAAGGUAGCAGUUUUGUGAUACAAUCCUGGUGGUUUCAGGCAUAUUGUGUUUUACUACAGUAGCUGUGAGCUUAUGUAGUGUGCAAAGAUAUGUAUGGCUGUAUAACAUUUCAAGUGGGUUUUUUUUUCUUUUCUGUGCUUCCAACUUACUGCAUUGCAGCUUUAAUUUAGUUGAGCAGUUGUCUUUAAUGAACCUUAUUACUGACCAGAUUAAGGACCUGCCACGUUAAAGAAAAAAGGGGAAUCUGUUUUCCAUCAGACACAGCGAAACACAGAACAGAUUUAUAUAGUUCUCUCUUAGCACCGAGUAUUUUAAUUAGAUAAAAGGUGUGACGGAAACCAGUGACAAAGAGGACCCCAAUGGAUAGCACCCAGAUUUUGAGAGGCUACUUAAUGCUUCAUAAAGUGUCAGUGGUUUAGUACUCUAGGGAAAGGUUUAGUCGUUCAAAAAGGAUGGCACAUACCCUGCAGAAAUAAUUUGUGUAUUUUCCAUGAUGAAGGUGCUAAUAAAGGUAGAGGACAAUAACAAGAACUGGCUAAAUUUGCAGCAGGGGGAAGAACAGUAUUUUCACUGCUAUACAUGCUCAAACAAUGGUCUUGCCUCCCAUGUGCUUAUCUUCUGUUUUGGCUAUUUGUCAGAAAUCCCCACACAUCUGAUUCAGAAGGCUUGAAGUCACCCCCCACUUCAACCCUGCUUUCUGUGGGAAUUAUCUAUGUCAGAGGUUCCCAAACUUCUUUGGCCUACUGUCCCCUUUUCAGAAAAGAAUUACUCAGCAUGCCGCCACCUUCUUUAGGCAAACAAACAGAAAUAUGCAGUGACAAUUUUGCAUUCUUUUGUGUAUCUUUAUUUCUACCUACGUCGUACCGCACUACGUCCUAUGUCCUCCAUGCCUGAUUUGCACACACACCAUCCACCGGACCUCUGUGACUGCUCCUUUCCUUAUCCCCAUGACUGAUCUCCAGUUUCAGACAUCGUGAUAUAUCGGAAUAUCACAAUGUUUAACUGCUGAUAUAUCACGAUGUUGAAAACCGGAUAUCACUUAGCCCUAGUCUGUUGUUUUUUUAGUAUGCCUAAAAUCCUUUGCUUAUAAGGGGCUACCCCACAUUUUGUCCAUAAAAUUGCUUUGCAGAGGUAACUACCAAGGAGUUAUCAAAAUUUACCAGAGUAGGGGGUCCAUGGCUUGGGUUUUGAAAAAUAGGGGGUCCUCAGUAAUUGGUUAAUUAGGAACCACUGUCCUACAACAUCGGACGUGCAGAUGAAACAUGUACGAACAGAUUUUCAAAACUUGGCGAGGAGGUGGACUAGGCCCCAGGACCAGAGUCAAGCCUGCCUGUUCAGUCCAAUCUUCCCCAGGGGUGGGGCCAGCGCUGCAGCUCACCUGCCAUUGGCCAAAUAGGCAGGCAAGCUGUGACCUACUUCUUGGGCCUGGGUGAAGCCAAAAAGUGUUCACCCACACCCAGGAAAAUCCCUCCCUCCAGCACAACCAUCAGAUCCAGGGGGAGGCAUUGUUGCCAUCUCACAACAGCGCCAGACCUGGCGGUAAGUGUCAUUACGCAACAGGCGAAACAUGUAUGAACAGUUUUUCAGAAUUCUAUUCUUUAUGCUUCCGCCAGCCCCUUAUUUUUAUUUAAUGCCCCCCAAUUGCACUUGAGGCUUCUAUUGCUCCCCUGGAUUGUUCCAGAGCCCCCCAGGAGGCGUUAUUGCCAACUUUGGGAAACACUGAUCUUUGUGAUCAAGUUUCUCAUGGGGUACUCAGCUGUGCAGCCAAUCCAGCCACUUCUGUACCUGCACCAAACUGGACAACAAGUUAGGAGGAAAUGGACUCAUGGCACAAAUUUGGCCUAGGGGCUGGAGAUUCUCCCCACACUUUAAACAAACUGCAAGCAGCAAGCUGAGAACAAAACAUUGACUUUUGCUCAUGAUUUGUUGGCAGAAAAGUAAAACCUUUGCCUGGGUUCACUCUUGUGGGAAGCGUAAUGAUUUUAGCUUUUAAGGUGCCUUUUUUAAUUACCUAUCCAAAAAGUUUAAUAGCAAAAGUGAAGAACUAAUAACUGUUUUUACUUUAAGACUAGCUAGUAUUAAAGCCUUUAAAUCUCCCAAACAGGAAUAUGAUGAGGAAUGGGCCAAGAAGAUCCAGAGUGAGAAGUUUCGAUGGCACAACUCUCAGUGGCUGGAAAUGGUGGAAAGUCGGCAGAUGGAUGAAAAUGAACAGUACUUGUAUGGGGAUGACCGGAUUGAGCCAUAUAUUCAUGAAGGGGACAUUCUUGAAAGACCUGAUCUUUACUACAAUGCAGGUAAGGCUGAUACAGAUAACAUUAACUUCCCCACUGCACAAGCUCCCUGCAAGCAUUUCAUGGAGUUGAUUCCCAGUAUACCCAAUCUUACAGAGAGGUUCAGCUAAAGUUAAGAUAUUUUGCUGGGAAAGAAAAAAACGUUGGCUUACAUUAAGUUUGUUAUUAUAGGUAGCUGAAUGCAUGCUUAGCAACUGGCAUAAGUUCAUAAUUCACAUGGUUUUUACAGUGAUAAAGUUAAAUUAAUACAUGCACCAUUAUUUUACGAUGCAAUCACGUUGCUUUUGAUAUGUAUAUUAAUGCAUUAUGGGUGGCACUCACCAUGCUUUACUUUGAGUAGACCCACUGAAAUUAAUUGACCAUGGUCACGUUCAUUAAUUACAUUGGGUCUACUCUGCAUAAAACUUAGUUGAAUACCACCCUGUAUCUCUAAUACUACACGUUAAAAUGAUUAAUUUUUAAGAGCGAUCAGUUUGAUAGGCAAUGUUUUUCUUUCAAAAUGUAUUUUAGUACAGUGGUACAGUAAUACCUCCGUGAACGUACGCCUCAUCUAGCGUCCAUUCCGGCGAAUGUCCGUGGCAAACCUGGAAGUACCGGAACAGGUUACUUCCGGGUUUGCCACUCGCGCAGUGGUUUGCCACGCUUGUGCAGACGCGGCACUUUGCCCUGCGUCCUUUUCAGCUAGCGGCCGGGGCUCCAGAAUGGAUCCCAGCCACAAAACAAGGUACGACUGUACCUCGGUUUAAGAACAGCCCUGUUUAAGAACUACCGUGGACGCUUGGGUUGCGAACGUGAUCCAUGCGGGAUGCACGUUUGCAACCCGCAAUGUUUGCAACCCGACCCGCGCAUCUGUGCAAAGCGUGAUUUAGCAUUUCUGCGCAUGCACGAGCGCCAAAACCCGGAAGUAACCCGUUCCAGUAUUUCCGGGUUUGGCGCGGUGCACAACCCGGAAACGUGCAACCUGAACCAUCUGUAACCCGAGGUAUGAUUGUGUUCGGUUUACGAACUCCGCAAAACUGGAAGUAGUGUCCCAGCUUGCGAACUUUAUCUCGGUCUAAGAACGGAAUCCGAACGGUGGAAGGGCACCAGUGGUGGGAGGCCUCAUUAGGGAAACCAUGCCUCGGUUUAAGAACGGUUUUGGUUUAAGAACGGACUUCCGGAACGGAUUAAGUUCGUAAACCAAGGUAUCACUGUAUAUAAAAGAGGCAUUGGAUUUUCAAUACAUUCUCAAAAGCCUGUCGAAGGAGAUCUUGAUCCCCCCCCUCCCACAAAGGAAUGGUAUAAUAAUAGUUUUGUCAGCUGCCUCCUGCAAAACACUCUCGCCAGGAAUGGGUCCACAAAGCUGCCCUAUUGACCAUGGAGUUGUGUCACUUAACUAGGAUGGGGCAGAACAUGAUGGCAGUGACUUUGGGUGGUAUGACUGCAACAGUGGCAUCAAUGAAUUGGCUGUGCCAGUGUGCCCUUGCCACCUCAACUGCACCUCUGCCCUACCCCCCCCCAUCAUGUUGGUAAGCACGUUGGGUAUGCACCCCCCCCCAAUGCUUGCUUUGAUUCUGAGUCUUAGUUGUGAAAGAAUGCAGUGGUAGGAUAUUGGACUUGCAGGUAAUUGAUACGCAAAAGGAACUGAGACUCACAGAGAGCAAAACUGAGCUGUGAAGACUCCCACCUGCUACAUACUAAAAGCCCCAACUAUAGCAUUGGUCAGUUCAGUUGAAAUGAGAUGGUAUUGCUGCGAACAAAAUCUUGCCUCUCAGUUGCUCACUCUUACUCACCACCUUCUUUGUCACACCUUGUUUAUGCUGAAAGCUUUCUUAGGGAUCUCUGCGUUGCAAGGGAAUUUGUGUUUCUUUACUAAGGCAUCCAUUUGUGCUUAAUUUAGGGUAGAAAGCAUGUGGAUCUGUUUAUCUACUGCUUAGUAAUGAAAUUGUAACCAUCCCCUGUUGGCCUGUUCUUUAGAUGCAAAUUGCAAUUGUGGUAAAUAACAGUCUAAUACCCGUGGGCUGGAUGCGGCCCAAUCGCCUUCUCAAUCCGGCCUGCAGACGGUCCGGGAAUCAGCAUGUUUUUACAUGAGUAGAAUGUGUCCUUUUAUUUAAAAUGCAUUUCUGGGUUAUUUGCGGGGCGUAGAAAUUUGUUCAUUUAUUUAUUUAUUCAAAAUAUAGUCCAGCCCACCACAUGGUCUGAGGACCACAUGGUGGACCGGCCCACGGCUGAAAAAGGUUGCUGAGCCCUGGUCUAAUGGGAAUUGGUUUAAAUUGUUUAUAUUGAUAACUGCUGGGACUGAAUUUUCACAAGUUUGCCAAGACUUCCUAGGUUAGGGUAGGGUAGUGGUCAAAGGGUCAGACUAGGUUCUGGGAGACUAAAUCCCCUCUCGGGCUUGAAGGUGACCUCAGGACAGUCCCUAUAUCCCAACUUAAUCUACCUCACAGGGUUGUUAUGAGGAUGAAAUGAAGAAGCAUAUACACCACCUUGAGCUCUUUGGAGGAAUGGUGGGGUGAAAAUGUAAUAGUAAAUAAAAAUGGAUAAACAGCACAUUCAGCCUCUACCUCUUCUCUUUAUAUAGAAGGACUGAUAGCACACGAUGGAGCAGUGAGUCCUGAUUUCUUUGGUGAUUACCACCUUCAGAAUGGAGACCUUGUGGGUCAGCAUCAUUUCUCCAGCAGGUAAAUUGAUUCUGCAAAAGGCUAAGCUUAUAUUAAUUCAAACGUUAUCAAUGUCACAUCUUAAGCUUUGGAUUUGUACAUUUUCAAACACGUGUUUCAGGGUAGGUGCGAUUCUGUACUCCAUCUCUGCUGCCUGAGGGGCUGUAGGAUUUGAUGGAAGCCCUAUGUGAGGAGAAUAUGGCAGACAUUCUCUUUCUGUAUCUCUCCAGCCACCCAGUGCAUGACGGAGUAUAACUGUCAGUCAAGCCACUUUUAAAAAACAUAGUAUGGGAACAAAGCUGCAAAGUAGAAACCAUUCACCAAACUUUACCAUUUUGUUAUGUUGGAAGCCCCAGCUGUCAUUUGAAUCCUGGGUUUCUACUAACAGAUUGGUAUAACAAAGUAUUUCUGAUAGCUUCCCAAAAUCAAUAAAACAGAACACAAAACCAGACCACACAAUUAUUUCCGUGUUGUGACAGGCAUUGUUAUUUGGAAACAGGUCUGUAUUUGGAGUUUUGAUUUACUUAACAGAGAUGGUUUCAGUAAUUUUAAAUGAGUUGUUAAAUAUAAAUUUCUCUACUGCUGUUAUUAUUUUUUAACUAAAAUCUUUCUACCUAACGGACAGCAUUAUUGCUGAUGCCCUGGGCUUCAAAAAGCCACUCGGAGUAAUUUUAAGCAUUGAGCUGAAAUGGGUGGUAGUGGCACGUUUUGCAACACUUUCUUCUACAAAACGACCCUCCCUUUAGUGAUUUUCCACAUCCUUUUAAGAGAGGCUCUUUGCAAGAGUGUGUCAAGGAAGAGAGGAUGGGCUUUGUCAUUGAUGGUGUGCUCUCCCGUCCAGCCACACACCUGAUUAAGUUAGGUGAGAUGUGAAUGAGAAGACACAUUCAGAAGUGCAUCUCCCUGUGUAUAUCUUAGCUCGUGUAGCCAUGUGUGUUAUAUGCUUCUAGAUCAAGGCAGAUGCUGUUGAGCACAAUAAAACGGCAACUGCAGCGUAGCAAAACAAAAUGUUUCCCACAUGCCUUUGCAAUCAGUGUGAGGGCUUUUUUGCCCUUAGUUGAGUUAUUGCAAUAUUAGAUCUGGCUGGCUGUGUACUGCCAGGAAAAGUGAACCUUGAUCACAAGAAGCAACAUUUAAAUGAUAGAAAAGCAACCAUAUACAUCACUGAAAAGGGAUGCAAAAGAUCACUAAGGUGGGGCUAUUUUCCCUAGGGCUUCUAAAAUUACUCAAAAGCACACUUUUUAUCUUGAAAAUUUAAUAUCAUAAAAAUCCAUUGCCGCACUAGUUUUUUCAGAAAUGUGUGUCUGCACCUCUCCCGUCUCUUCCAUUCUGAUCAUGUGCCAACUUUUCUGGGAAGACCAAGUAGGUGAACUUUGAUUUUGCAACAGAUUUGGCAUUGCUUCUUUGCUGGAAUUAUGGAACACCUUUUAUUUAGGAGACAUGUUUGUGAAAUAAAGAGAUGGGUUUGGAAGGUAUCCCUUUGAACAGUGCAUAAACAAACUGUAGUAUUUUCUUCAGUAAGACACGUCUGGGAGAGUGCAUUGUAUGUGAAUAUUUCCUAACAAGAGAAUCACAAAAAGGAAGAAUGUAGAUGGUAAGAAAUGGCACUGGAACUUUUUCCGGGAAUACUACAACCUAGAGCUGCUUUAAAAUUUUGGUAUAGAAAUGUGAAAGCCCUGAGAGCUGAACUGCCUUUACGUGCUUUGUUUCAGACACCUAAAUUGCCAACCAAAUAAAUGUUACUAUUUACUAGAGGAAUUUGAGCAUGGAAGUAUGCAAACUAGCUUAUGGAGUCUGAAAGUGAGGUUCACAGAUCUGUAUUUUUAUUUAUGGCCCAUUGAGAUGACAGAUUUCAGCAGGCAGUAAUCCAUCUUGAUCAGUACGGUCCCUCUUGGCUGUAUAUUCUUAUGAAAGAUGAUGAUGGCUGCAAUCUGGCUGUGUGUGUGUGUGUGUGUGUGUGUGUGUGUGUGAAACAUCUUGUCUGUUUGCCAAAUGAGGCCCUUUUCUUCAGCUGUGAAAAAGCAAGUUGUCCUCACACAAAAGUUACAGUUGCUUUCAGGACCUCGAAUACAAACGUAUAUAUAAAAAGACAUUCUGAAAACUCAUGCAUUUUGGUCCCUUGCACUGUAGAGACCAAGUAGCAUUAGUGCUGAGGACCCUUUUCACCAAACCUUUUACAUUCUAAAAAAGUGCUUCACUGUUUUGGUAGAUUUAAGGAGAUGCGUGAGAAAAGGCAAAACGUUCCUCUCCUUUCCAGUGGCCGCUUAGAGCUGUGAUACACCCUUAGGCCCCUCCCCUUCUCUUGCCUGCCAGGUGGAAGAGAGAUCGUGAUGUGCAUCGUUCAGCAUGAAAAGCUGGCAUCUUUUGGCCGAAUCUCCCCCCCUCCCUCCGCUCUUAAAAAAAUAAAUAAAUCCCAUGGCAGCGUUUGCACUGUAAAAUGAACCGUGUGAAAAUUCAGUGCAGUGCUAAAUUCACAUAGCUAACAUUUUGUGUAAUUAAUGCACUUUCUUCAGAGAUCCGAAUUGAUUUAGAGUAAAAUCAAACAUAAAAAUCAAGAGUUGACACUCCCUUUUCAAAUGUAGCUUGGGGGCACUUCCUGCACUGUUAAUUUAUCAUAGGAUUGAACACAAUGUGAGGUGUGAUUGCAGGACCAGAACUUUGGGUGCUGCCUGCCAAGCAAAUGUUUAUUCAUUUUAUGGUGGUGGGUAUUGCUUUAAACUGCUUUAGGUGCUAAUUUUGCAAGUGUCAUAUGGACGCCUACCUUAGAGGCCUUCACACAGAUUGCUUCAAAUAUUUAAAAAGGGGUUUUAGGUAUCUGAUACAUAUCUGAUUCAUAUACUGUGCUAUAUGGAGGCCUCUCAGAUGCAGAAAAUAGUAAUGCAAGAACCACACCCAACUCAAGUCAAAACCAGUCAAAUACUUGCAAAACAUCAAGGGUUUUUGCAAGUGUUCAGCAGCAAUGCUCACAAAGGUACCAGUCAUUCUUGUGGGUCUCUUCCUUACCCUGCCAAAUCUUUCUCCCUUCCUCAGCUCCAGACAAUACAGCAUUGUUCUGUGUAUAUUCAGGCAUCAUUUCCUGCUUGGAAAUUAUUAUCAUUAAAUUUAUUUACCACCCUUCGUUCGAGGAUCACCUGGAUCACUGAAUUUGCAAUACAGUUUGUACUAUAGGAAUGACAAUAAAUUGCCCUCUUGAGCAUUCUCCAAAGCACCAUUUCAAGCUCAGAAACUGAAUAGGUAACCUCAUCAGUGAGCCCUCGCUGCUGCUAGUUUCCCCUUCUCACAAUGUAUCACACAAAUGCUUCGAAUGGGAUUGGCAAGUUCAUGCAUAGGCACAGCUGUGAUGUUAUGAUAAUUAUGCUGCAAUAUUGCUAAUGUGCAAUAAUAUAUGACUUAAUGAUACUAUUGUAACUUUUCAGCCAAAUAUUAGAAUUGGGGCAGCAUAGUAGGAUAUAUGCACAAAACCUGUGUUAUGAUUUUCCAGUGCAUUCCUUCUUUCUGGGAAUACUUUUUAUAUGGUUAUCCGCAGAGCUAUUCAUAAGGCAAAAACUGCCUAAUUGAAAACAUGUUCUGCUGCAAAUACUCCGUUUCACAUAGCAAAGGAGGGGGAGACAGUGAUUUGCUUGAAAGAAUAGACAGCAGCAUUUGGAUAGUGAAUCCCAGUUUUCAGACAUGUGUCAUUACAGUUUUGAACUUCUUGGCGCCAGAAGCCAGGAUUUCCUGAUGUUUGAGCUUGAUGUAAAAUGCAUUAGUGCUCUGGGGCAUGAACAACAGAAUUGCUAUUCCCCAGCGUUCGGAGUUCAACUGCCCAUCUCUUCAAAUCUGACUUGGUGUUGGAAGUUAAAAUCAUACUUAAUAGGAAGGCUAAUUAAAAAUAAUUGCAGAAAGGCGGGAUUCUCUUAUAUAGUGUGCAUUUCAUUCAUUCCAUAAUAUCAUUCUAGGGCAUUUUAAUGCUUAACUGUUUACAACCUAAUAGGAAUCGUAUGUGCUUGAGGCUUCCCCUUCUCAAUUUGAGAAACACUUUCAGCAUUUCAUCAGCUGUUACUGCAUUUAACACAGUACUACCACACACGUGUUUCUCGCUGUCUUUUGGUUCUUUAUUAGAUAACUUCCAUAAAAUAACUUUACCCAGGGGUUUGUAACUUUGGGCUGUCCUUGUAUCCAAGCCAAAUAUUUUAGCCACCACCUCUUAACACAGUAGUAUAGUGGCAAAUUCAGAAGCGCAGGGUUCAUAAUAGUCGCGCCUCACCCCCUGCCAGCCAUGCCCCUUCUAAGACUACAAUAAAAAUGAGAUUUCAGUCUCUUACUUUGUUUGGAGUUCUGUUGAACUCCAAUGCUGGAUGAGGGUAGUAUUGCUUUCUGAGGUUCAGCAAGAAGACGACAAUGAUAAGCAGGAAAAAAUGUGGGUUUUUUGCACAAAAUAAAGCACAGCUCAAAAGCGCAAGUCUCACAGACACACUCUGAGCAAAAGUGUGUUUUGCUCUGUUUUGCAGAGCAGAGUAAUGCAGUUUUCAAAAGUUUGACUAAUGCAGCCCCCAAGUGAAAAAUACAGGGUAGUGAUAUAAAUACGCAUAAAUGAAAUGCCCUGCAAUUUCAGAAUAACAGGGUCCUUGCCAAAGUAAUAGCAAUUUUGCUUUCAAAUGAAUCCAGUUUCAAACACUUCUCAGGAGAAUGGAGGGGGAAGGGAAGGAGAAAGCAGAGAAAAGAAUUUUCAGAUAGCUCAGGAAAAUCAUAGCCAGAGCCGUCCCUUGUUCUAACUAAGUGAUUGGUUGAUGUUUCACACAGCUAAAACAGGCUAACCAUGUACAGUGGAACCUUGGGUUAUGUACCGUCCUCCUUACGAAUGCUUCGGGUAAUGAGCUCCAUUAACCCGGAAGUUGAUGCCUCUGGUUGCAAACUUUGCCCCGGGAUGUCAGCGGAAGUCACAUGGCGGCAGUGGGAGGCCCAAUUAGUGAAAGCGCACCUCAUGUUAAGAAUGGUUUUGGGUUAAGAACGGUCCUCCAGAAUGAAUUAAGUUCGGAACCGGAGGUACCACUGUAGAAGGAAAAAUGUAGGAGCCACAGCCACCCCAGUGGUAGGUGAAAAAGCAAAUAAAAUAUAUAUGCUCAACCCAGGCCUUUCAGCACAAAUGGGCUAGAAGAUCCAUUUGAGAACCAGUGUAGUGUAGAGGGACGCGGGUGGCACUGUGGUCUAAACCACAGAGCCUAGCACUUGCCGAUCAGAAGGUGGGUGGUUCGAAUCCCCGCAAAGGGGUGAGCUCCUGUUGCUCGGUCCCUGCUCCUGCCAACCUAGCAGUUCGAAAGCACAUCAAGUGCAAGUAGAUAAAUAAGUACCGCUCCGGCAGGAAGGUAAAUGGUGUUUCUAUGCGCUGUUCUGGUUUCACCAGAAGCGGCUUAGUCAUGCUGGCCACAUGACCCGGAAAAACUGUCUGCGGACAAACGUCGGCUCCCUCGGCCAGUAAAGCAAGAUGAGCGCUGCAACCCCAGAGUCGUUCGCGACUGGACUUAACAGUCAGGGGUCCCUUUACCUUUAUAGUGUAGUAUUUAGUGUUGGACUGGGACCUGGGUGGUAUUUCGUUUAAAUUUGAAAUGCUCAUUGCAAAGGCGUUGUGUUCCAUUUGUGAAUGGAGGUUUUACAGUAAAGUUAGUGAUUUUUGGAGUGGGGAGGUAGAGUAUUACAUUUUCAAGAUGGCAGAUGUGUCAUAAAAAUGUAAGACUUUCCCAAGCUGGUUCUGUAUGUACAAUUUAUAAACUGGUAGGUUAAGACAUUCUAAUAAGGAAAGCUGGUAUGUCUUAAAAACAACACAGGACAUAGAGUAAAAAAGUGAAGACUUUGCCACACAUCCUUUAUUAUAUAUUUGUCACACUUCUAACUAUCCCCAGCUAAAUGGCAAGUCAUUUGUGGUUUGUAAAAGCUGCUAUUACCGUGGUAGUAUUUCCUUACCUUUUCUGGCCGUAGUAGAGCAAGAUAUGUCACAGUCUAUAAAAUUACUACAGUUGCUUUUGUUUCAAAACCAACAAUUUUUUAAAUAUUUGUAGAUGGUGGGAACCUAAUCCCAGUAUACAGUGGUACCUUGGUAGUCAAAUGGCUUGGCUCCCAAGCAAAUCGGCUCCCAAAUGCCCCAAACCUGGAAGUGAGUUUUCCAGUUAGGUAACAUUUUUCGGAAGCUGAAUGUCCGACACGGCUUCCAGUUGAAUGCAGGAAGCUCCUGUAGCCAAUCAGAAGACGCCCCUUGUUUUUCUAACAGUUUCGGGAGUUGAACGGACUCCUGGAAUGGAUUAGGUUCGAGAACCAAGGUACCACUGUCCUGUAUUUGCAGUGGAGUGUUGUCAUGCAGGUGUGCAGCCCAGGUGGGCAAGCAGAUGGGCAGGUGACCCAGGUGAGCCACAUAGGAACUGUCAGGACAGACAGACUACCUUCCCAUCAACUGGCUUGCUCUGCCGCUACCUAUCUCAGACUGAUGCUGCUAUUUCAGCCUCUACAGUGGCAAUGGCCAAGGAGGCCCAUGCAAGCCACAGAGGAACAGGCAGAACAGAAUACCUCCUCAGCACCUCUCCUCUUCUGCUACUGUCAUCGGCCACUUUCCCCUUCCUCGUCCUCCACAGCUGAGGCUGAAAUGAUAAUUGUUUGAGGCAAGCAGUAAGGAGGGGAGGAUGAACUGUUUUGGGGUGCUAUUAUUGCCCAGUGAUGUAACAUGGGAGCUUAGCAUGGUGCAUGGAGGCAGGAGCUUUGAAUUGGCUCCACCACCAUGCACUGAGGUCCCUGCCCCUUUUGCUAAGUGGUAGUGACCCACAGUGUUGGCAAGCUGGGAGAGUAACUGAACCCCACCCAUGCCAGCUCACCAGCCACUAUCAGGAUUGGGCAGUGGUUUGGGCAAACUGGGGGGCUUUGGAUGAGCUAUAAGGGCAGGGUUGGCAAGGUCUAAGGGAAGAGAGCUUGGUGAGGGCAGGCACAGCCCCUAGUAUGCAUGUACUAGUAUGUAUCAUUAUAUAGAACCAUGUAUGUGCCUUUAUUCGGAUAAGGAGAACUUUAUGGGGAAGCAGGCUCAUGUUUGCAGGUCAGCAAACAUAGAGGUAUAUCAGAUGCAUGUUUUCAUGUGCAUUUGAAGAUGGAUGAUACAAUCCACACUGCAGCGCUUUUAGCUGGUUGCAGAUUUUGAUGCUUAUCUGGAGUUGCUAGCCAUCAUAACUUCACAUAGCCAGAGUUGGAUCCUGGCGAUAGUGGCUACGUUGGCAGCGACUCUUAAUCAUUACAUAUAACGUGCACUUUUGUUGAAUGUCCUUAAGACACUUCUGAGUUCCCUUUAAGUCCAGUGAAAUGAAGUGAUAUUCGACUUUUAGCACUUGGACAUCAUUCAUUUGCCUACCCUCUCCAGGAAGAACUGAAUUAGAUUUUAUUAGCAGAUUGGGCCUAUAAACCAGUAGUAACGUUUUAUUAGUUUAUCACACAUCAGCAUUAGCAAACUGUAAAUCUACUUCAGUGAACAAGAAAAGGUCUCUAGAGGCUUUGAAAAACUGGUGUUUCCAGAGGAAAGAAUGUUCUAAUCCGAAAAAAGGUAUGACCUUAACAGGCAAAUAUCUUCCUUCCCUCCAUUUCCAAUGCCCAGCUUGGGAGUCCUGUUGCAUUCAAAAUGCAACCCCCACAUGCAAGGAGGUGGUAUUGGAGGUUUUGAGGGAACCCAAAGUCAGCAAAAAUCCCCCAAAAAAUAUUUAGACAAAAGUACUAUAAGGAUAGGGAUGCGGGUGGCACUGUGGGUUAAACCACAGAGCCUAGGACUUGCCAAUCAGAAGGUUGGUGGUUCGAAUCCCCGCAACGAGGUGAGCUCCCGUUGCUUGGUCCCUGUUCCUGCCAACCUAGUAGUUUGAAAGCACAUCAAUGUGCAAGUAGAUAAAUAGGUACCGCUCUGGUGGGAAGGUAAACGGCGUUUCUGUGCGCUGCUCUGGUUCGCCAGAAGCGGCUUAGUCAUGCUGGCCACAUGACCCGGAAGCUGUACGCCGGCUCCCUCGGCCAAUAAAGUGAGAUGAGCAACACAACCCCAGAGUCGGUUACGACUGGACCUAAUGGUCAGGGGUCCCUUUACCCUUUACCUUUACCAUAAGGAUAUGAACCCCCAAAACAGCUCAACGAGGAUUGAAUCAUAGAAUUGUAGAGUUGGAAGGGACCCAAGGGUCAUUUAGUCCAACCCCCUUCAAUGCAGAAUCUCAACUAAAGCAUCAGUGACCAAUGGCCAUCCAGCCUCUGCUUAAAAACCUCCAACGAAGGAAAGUCCACCACCCCCUGAGAUGGUCCAGUUUACUGUUGAACAGCUUUUACCAUCAGAAAGUUCUUCCUGAUGUUGAGUCAGAAUCUCCUUCCUUGUAACUUGUAUCCAUUGGUUUGGGCCUUGCCCUUCAGAGCAGGAGAAAACAAGCUUUGAAUAUAUUAGAUAUUCCUUUCAUGUUUCCCCCUUCAAUUCAGGCAGAGCCACUGGGGGCUCUUUCUCCGCCUCCAUCAGUGUCUUUAUCAGUGGCUCCCAAGCAACACCGGCUUCCCAUCUCCCUUUCACUGCUGAGGAACAGCUGUAGCUUCUCAGGAAAGCAUCCAAACACAUUUGCAACUCAACUUUCAAGUACUGCCCGUGCCAGUGGCAACAACAUCAGCUUGCCUGCUUUAUGCCCAGGUAUUGCUGUCUAUGGUGUUACCUUGGUUUGCAUACAUCUUGGUUCGCAUAUGUUAUGGAUUAUAAACACGUCAAACCCGGCAGUGCAACCUUUUUUUGGAUUACGAACAAAAAGAUUUGGGGGGCGCCAUUGGCAAAAGCGCGCCUUGGGUUACAACCUGUUUUGGUUUACAAACGGACCUCCAGAAUGGAUUAUGGUUGUAAACCAAGGUACCACUCUAUAUUUAAGACAGUUUUAUUCCCGUGCUGUUUUUUAACACGUCACAUUUUAUCAAGGAUCUUAACUUAAUCCUUUGUACCUACUUAAUCCAUAUUACAAAACACCUUGGAUUGUGUCCUUUGUUAGUUAUACUUUGUGCAGACCCGUUGAAAUUAAAUGAUCCACUAACUUGGGUCCAUCAAUACCAGUGGACACAUAAAAGUGUCCAGCACAACACUGUUUGGUUAGCAGUCAGCAGGGUUUUGACCAUACACCUAUCUAAGCCGUUGUAACUCCACUCCAACCGCUUAUUCCUUUUGCAGGAAAGAGGCACUUUCCUGGACAUGGAAUUGGAUCAUGGUUUACUUGCAUUCUGACCUCAAAACUUGAGGAAACACUGCUUCUAGGGAGAUAUGGCCUUUCGUAUCUCAGCUUUUCUCCUUCCUUUGAAAAACUACACUUUUCCAGAUUCAGCAGUGCAAUGUACAGGUGUGCUCAGGGAUCUUCACUACAGAAUUAGGCAGAAGCAGAAUGCUGCUUAACUCAGAAGUUACUGCUAUUCUCAUUGGUCAACGAUGCUGGCAACCAAGAGGGCUGGGAGCAGCUAAGCUCUUGGGAGAGUUCAGCCUAGGACAGUUCAUUUAUAAGUCCUCCCAUUUCUGAAAUACUUCUCUAGCCUUAGUCUCAGUUUUUCCAUCGUGUCUACAGUUGUCCAAAGACUGUGAAACCAGAGAUCUGUCUGCAGAGUUCUCAUUUAGAUGUUGUUUCUCCACAGACCCUCCCUUACUGUAUUUUUUCCAUGUAUAAGACGCCCCCAUGUAUAAGACGCCCCCUAUUUUUGGGUGCUCAUAUUUAUGAAAAUGGGGGGGGGGGGGGGAGAUGGCCCAGAGUAUAAGACACCCCCUAAUUUUUGACAUUAUAUUUUAGGGGGGAAACCUAGUCUUAUACACAGAAAAAUACAGUAUUUGGUGGUGCCUCUGCGCUUCUAAUAACUUUUUUUUAUUGCUCAAGUAUAUUUUCUACACUUCAGUCGUGUUGUGGGGUGUGUGUUUGUGUUUGUCGGUGGGAGGCAAACAUAGUCCUGGAGUGGUCACAUCAUAGGUCUGUUCCCAUUAAAUUGUGCUUUUAGUAUUGAACUGUAGUGAAAAAACGGGGAGGUGGCUGUGCAACACUGAAUGAAACCUGCCAGGUUUUGGUUAACACGUUUCCAGUUACUUCCAGUUUUUGCUCUAUAAGACUCACUUUUUCCCUCCUAAAAAGUAAGGGGAAAUGUGUGUGCGUCUUAUGGAGCGAAUGCAGGCUGCACAGCUAUCCCAGAAGCCAGAACAGCUCUGCAGUGAUCCCUCUUGCUGUUCUGGCUUCUGGGAUUCAGAAUAUUUUUUCCCCGUGUUUUCCUCCUCCAAAAACUAUGUGCGUCUUGUGGUCUGGUGCGUCUUAUAGAGCGAAAAAUACGGUACAUGCAUGUUUAGGGAAGCUUUUAAUGUUUGAUGCAUUACGGUAUUUUAAUAUUUUGCUGGAAGCCGCCCAGAGUGGCCGGGGAAGCCCAGCCAGAUGGGUGGGGUAUAAAUAAUAAAUUAUUAUUAUUAUUAUUAUUAUUAUGGUGGUGGUGGUGCUGCAGGUCCUGCUAUCCAGACACUCAUUAUACAAAGAUCCACUUAUCCAAACACAAGGAGUUAGUACCCAAACUGCGCUGUAUACAAUACAGAUUUAGAUAGUCAGCCAGACUUGUGUGUAGUACCGUAAGCAAAUAAGCAGCCUUAAACAAGACUUACUUUGGGUGUUUUGCUGAUCCACAUCAGCCAUUUUACCAGAAACUAUGGUGGGAGGUAGGGAGGAAAUGGGAGAGUUCAGACCAAUAAGAGAGUAUUUUUUUCCCCUUGUUUGCCUUUUGCAAGGUUUCAAGAAGGUUUUCCCAGUUAUUUUUUCAUCAUAUGGGAGUCAAAAUUCUGUGGUUGGGAACACAUUAGAAAUGUUCUCAUAGGAAACAAUGGAAAUGGUCAACUCAUUACGUGAAUGCUUAUCUAACAAACAAUUUCCUGAGAACACAUUGUGUUUGGAUAGCAGGACCUGCAUUUAGGCCUUGUAGAGAAGUGUGUCUUUGAGUGAGUGAGUGAGUGAGUGAGUGAGUGACAGAGAGCUCUGACAAUGAAUUUUGCUAAGUAACUUGCAGUUUGUAGAAGUUUUAGCAAUUUGCUUUAGCAAUUAGUUUUUAAUUAUUUCAUAAAAUAUCUGUGAAUUGUAGUGAGUGGUGAUAAUUCUGAGCAGAACAUUUAUCUGAUGCUUUUCUCUUGGAGACUGUGUAUUCAGCUGUUAAUCUAGCUCAAGUAUUUAGCUGCCUUGUUUUCUCACAUGUGGCUCUUUAAUUCACUUACACCUGCAGUCUGGUCAGCAUUAAUACGUACUGAAACUGGGUCUUGAAUGUUGGUGCAGUAAUUUCAGGUUCCUCCAUGUCCUACGAGAGAACAAAAAAUUGUCAAUUUCUGAAACUUAGUAUUAAUUAAUUCCCAUGUUCUUGCUGCUCCCUGAACUUCCUCCAGAUGUGGUGCUUGGAAUAGAACAGCUCCUGGCUUACAAGCCAUCUGGGCUGUGUAAACUGAUUUGUGCCUAUAUUAAACAAUAAUUGAACAGAAUGCGGAAGACUUAAUAAAGAAAAUGUACAUUGCCUGUAAAUCCCAAAAAUAAAAUAUUAAAAUGUAGUAAAUGGGCAUGGAAUGUGCAAAUGAAGACCUGCUUAUUUUAAUGUGUUUAGCUGUGACCUUCUCAAUUUCAGCCCAGAGGAGGGGGGGGAAUCUAUUUUUCUCUUUUUAAAAUAAAACUCCCCUAUAAAACUGCUUACAGAAGUAUGUGAGACAGAAACAAGGAAAUAUAAUGUUCUGAACUUGACUGGUCCAAACCACUUGAGCUGCUGUGACAGCUCAUAAAACAGAACAGUUUUUAGGUGGACUCUGUUUUAGUUGCCAGAGUGAAUUUUCUUGCAGGAAGUAGCCUGAAGGUUUAUUUUAGUUUCCAGACUGCAGCUUUGAUCUCUCUGUUCUGUCGCUUCUCAGGUUACAUAGCCCUUUUUCACUGCAGUAAAUCUGCAACAGUUAAAUGGAAUAAAAUUUCCUCCUCCUCACUGAUCACAUGCUGUUAAAUGCCAAGCCACAGCCAGCAGAAUGUUUGCAGAGCUCCACUGCAUGGUACAAAAGCAGUACAAAAGGUUUAAUCACCUUGUCUUUCUACUCUUCCUUCACUACAAGUUCACAAAUUCACUUCACAAUAGAGAUGCACACAGUGGAACUCGGAUUUGCUGUCUGUCUGAUGAAAGGGCAGCUAUGUGCAUGCAUUACUCAUGCAUAAGAGCAGGUUUGACAGUGAUCCAAACCACAAGGACGGCAAAAUGUCUCACCAGGGGCCCAACUCAACAUAAAGGCUUAAAAAGAGGAUUGGACAAGUUCAUGGAGGCAAAGUCUACUGAUGGCUACAAGUCAAGGUGACUCUGGUGUGCCUCCACUGUUGGAGACUGUGUCUUCUGAAUAUCAGUUCCUGGAAACCACAGGACAGGAAACUGUUCUCAUGCUUGGGUUCUGCUUAUGCGCUUCCCAUACAUAUCUGGUUGGUCACUGUGAGAACGGGAUGCUUUACUAGAUGGGCCAUUGGCCUGAUCCAGUAGGCUCUUCUAAUAUUUUUUUUACUAAUGCAACUCCAUGUGUUCAUGCCUAGUUAGCGCUUUCCCAGCUUUUCUGGGCUUUGGGAAGGCAGUGCAAGCACUGCCUUCUGAGUAGACAUGGUUUGUUGUUUAGUCAUUUAGUCCUGCCCAACUCUUCGUGACCCCAUGGACCAGAGCACGCCAGGCACUCCUGUCUUCCACUGCCUCCCGCAGUUUGGUCAAACUCAUGCUGGUAGCUUCAAGAACACUAUCCAACCAUCUCGUCCCCUUCUCCUUGUGCCCUCCAUCUUUCCCAACAUCAGGGUCUUUUCCAGGGAGUCUUCUCUUCUCAUGAGGUGGCCAAAGUAUUGGAGCCUCAGCUUCAGGAUCUGUCCUUCCAGUGAGCACUCAGGGCUGAUUUCCUUAAGAAUGGAUAGGUGAGGAUUGCACUAUUAAAUCAGGGAUGGGAAAUGUGUGUCCCCCCGGAGGUUGUUCAUGCCUGUCUACUGACCCUGCUGGUUGGGGAGCGUUGUAGACCUGGAGGGUCAAAGGUUCCCCAUUCCUGAGCUAAAUAAAUUAGGUGAAUUGAGGUUCUUUUAAAAAAAAAAUUGGAGGAAAGAAAAACCAUUAUUCCUAGAGCUUACUAGAAAAGCUUGUCAUAGCUCUGUUACCUUAAAGACCUUAUAGACAUCUGGGGCCCUUUUCAAUGUUGUGAAAUUAUUGGGUUUCUGCUUUUGUUUUUAUUAUGUAUUUUGUGUUUUUUUAUAUUGUAGUUUUGUGUUGUGAUCAACCCUGAGAUCUACAGAUAUAGGGUGGUAUAGAAAUUUAAUUAACAAUAAUCCUUAACAGUGUUGAAACUUAGCAUGUUUUGAUAACUAAGGGAUGCAGGGAGGAUGAUGUUAUUGUAACACCUAUCAGUAGUUGCAAGAAUUCAACCCAUUACAAAAUUUAGCAGGAGUCUUAAAGAUGUAUGUUGAUGAAAAAUAACAUUGAAAGCAGCUGAGAAAUAGGCUCAAGUUUGGUGUGUAUUUAGUAUUGCAUAAUGUAUCAAACAGUGUAGAGACCAAAUUCAGUACUUUAGGAAGGAUUCAAACACUAGUUGUAUUUAUCUGUAGCAGAAGCUACAAAACUAAUGAUGAUUGAUCCUUCCUUCCUCUUGUGGAUUGUUUUGUUGGUGUGCCGGUUAUUUAUUUAUUUACUUUUACUGUUGCUGGCUACUUUACUUCUUUUUAUUUAUUUAUUUAGAAAUUUUCUAGAACACAUCUUCAUCCAAACAUGAAUUCCAGUGUAGUGUAUGAACUGUAAUAGUGUUUUGAUGAUUGAAUUUUUAAAACCAAAACUGACAAUCGUAGCAGUGAAAUAAGAUUUGAGAAGCACUAAACCAAAAACCAUUCAGUUAGCUAAAUUAAUGUGGUGAAUUCUAAAAAGCCUAGACAAAUAAAAAUGUAUUAACCUGGCAGUGUCAGCACCUCCCUUUACUUCCUCUGGGAGGAUAUACCAAAGAAGGCCCCCUCUCCUUCCUGGAUGUAUAAAAUAUAGCUCUCCUACAGAAGGAACUCAAAGGAAGAGCCUUGUCUGAAGAUCUUAAUGCAUGGGUAGGCAAACUAAGGCCGGAUCCGGCUCAAUCGUCUCCUAAAUCCGGCCCACGGACAGUCCAUGAAUCAGCGUGUUUUUACAUGAGUAGAAUGUGUCCUUUUAUUUAAAAUGCAUCUCUGGGUUAUUUGUGGGGUAUAGGAAUUCGUUCAUAGGAAUUCGUUAAAAAAAAAAAAAAAGGCCGGCCCCCCAGAAGGUCUGAGGGACAGUGGACCGGCCCCCUGCUGAAAAAGUUUGCUGACCUCCUGUCUUAAUGCAUGGGCAGGUUGGUAUGGGAGCAGGUUCUCCAUCAGGAUUUGGAUCCAAAGCUGUUUAGUGCUUGAAAUAACAGCAUCAGUACCCCAAAAUGGGCUUGGUUGCUUUAGAAAAAUUCAGGCUUGAGUGGCUGCGGCUGUGCAGAAACACAGCCCAUCCACGAUCCACUUCGCAGCUUGUUGGGCUUUGCUUUCAUUCCUGUUUUUGACUCUGGUUCUUUUAGGCCUCAGCAUCCGUCUGCUUUCAAACUGAGCAGGAUGAUGCCUGUCCCAGCUCACUUGCGUAUGUGCCCCGUGGUGCUAAGCCAGGCCUUUGCACCAUGAAUGUUGUUCUGUGCCAGGUACGGAACCAAUAUGUGUGACUGUACAGGUGAGCACUCACAUAGCUGCAGUCUCAGGUAAAGAAGCUGCCUUUCUCCUACUCUCUUGAGGACUGUGCUUAUGAAAGAAAUUAGGUUUUGUGGGCCACAACAAAUUAUUGCAAUUUAUUGGUGUAAUACUUUUCAUUUUAACAGAAUCAUAAGAGUUGGAAGGGACCCCAAGGGUAGUUUAGCAGGAAUCUCAACUAAACAUCCCUGGUGGGUAGCCAUCCAACCUCCGCUUUAAAAUCUCCAGUGAAGGAGAGUCCACCAGUCCUUGUGGGAGUCUGUUCCACUGUCAAACAGCUCUUGCUGUCAGAAAGUUACUCCUUUUUUGUAACUUGAAUCUCCUUUUUUGUGACUCGAAGCCAUUGGUUCAAGUCCUCUCCAGAGCAGGAGAAAACAAGCAUGUUUCCGCCUCCAUGUGACAGCCCUUUAGAUAUUUGAAGAUGCCUAGAAUAUCUCCUCUCAGACUCCUCUUUGCUACUUUGACGUGUCUCUGCUGAUUUCAGGGAUCCUGAAUAUAUGUGGUAUUUUUAUUUGCUCUGAAGCAGUGCAAGUCCCAAGGACUUUAUAAAAUGCAUCAUGUAUUUUUGGAACAUUUCCUCUUUUGACAAGUUCUCACGAGCAAAUUAGAAAGCUCAGCUGCCAUUCUGAAGCGGUCCUAGAUCAUGCUAGCAGCCUGAGUUAUCCGAGAGGUUAAGUAUUGGCAUUUAGUUUACAGUGCAAUUUUCUCUUGACAAGGCUGGCAGACCAAUAGGAAAAAGAAAUAUUUGUGCUCAAGAGAAGUGCAUAUGUAGAGACCACAAGCUUAACUGAUGGCUGGAAAUGAUUUCAGACUAAAAAAACAAAUCAUUAAGAGUGCAGAGGGGGGUAAAAUAUACAGUCCUAUUUUAACGGAUCUCAAAAUGAUCGAGCAACUGAAGUUAGUAUUACACAGUAAUUAGCUAAGCUAAGCUGUUCACUACUUUAACUCCAUGUCUCCCAGUCACUGUAAAGGUUCCAGGGUGCAACUAGACCCAAACCUGUUUUGCGUGUCAGUAUAUUCCACCAGUGGCAAGAAGCUUGUGAAACCUAAACCCAUUGAGACAUAGUCUAAAGGAGGAUGAUAAAUGACUGUUUUCCCCUCUAUUUAUAGCUUUUUGUUGGAUUUCACAGAAGUGCAACUGCUGUUCUGAACAGCAGGAAUGCUUACAUCCGAGACCUGUAAUUUAUCCAAGCACACUUUGGCAGCUAUAUAAAAAUUUGCAUAUCUGAAAGGUGGUGUUGUUGAAUAUUAACUUUGAAUUAGUUUGCUAGCUUGUUAACACAGUGCGGAAGAGGGUGGGGCUUGAGUAGCCUAUAGUUUUGAACUAUGAGCAUGAUAUUCAUUAUCAUGUGCACGUUUUGUUAGCAAAAUUCUUGUGUACUAGUGUGGAUCCAUUGCAUGUUGCUGCAUUGUCUUGUCCCCAUAUACAAAAUGGGGAUUAUGGUGCCCCUUCUAUAUGCAGCUUUAGAAAAGGAACCGUUAGCUGAACAGCUUUUAUAAUUAUAUUUUCUAUUCCUGUAACACACCAUGGGACCUCAGCUGAAGGACAGGCAAGAAAUAUUAUUUAUAAAUCAAUCAAUCAAUCAAUCAAUCAAUCAAACCUUCAAGUAAUUCUGGGAUUUAUUUAUCUUUUUAAGAAAAUUAAGGAGAUCGAUGAAAUGGUAGGGCAUUGGUGCAGAGACAAGGAGUGAUUUCUUGCUGAUUUCUUUGUGCCACUUCUUUGUAGUUGCUAAAGCGUUACUUGAAUAUUCAUUCUGGAGUUCCAGCUGCAGAACACAUUUUUAUGUUCAUAUAAACUUUUUUUUAAAAAAAACAAUCAAACCAAAGCUUAAAUUCUUACCACAUCGUGGAGGCCUCAGAAUCUGCUUUUAUGAACCUGGGUCAUGCUAUGAUAUAACCAAAUUUGCAACUACUCCGAGCACAUUAGUUGGUAGGGAGAGUAGAAACAUUGAACUUUCAUUGUACAAAUUCUAUCAUCCAUUUUAGAAGUCAGAAUUUGUGCUAAUAGGCAUGAAGAGAUGAAACCUUCAUUAGUUUGUAUAAUAACUUUUAAGGCCUCACUGGUACUUAUUUAUUAACUGCACAAAGUCUUGUUCUCUGCAUGGAAUAGUUUAAGGGUUUCUCUUAGUCUGUUGCCUGGAAUGUGUAUUAUUCAUGGUUUUCUGCUUCCAUCUGAAGCUUAAAGGUUCUCUUGUGUGGGGAAGAAAGGCAAUGAAGAGCAAAGCCAACACAUUUUUAGACAAGCAACUCCUAGGAGUAUUAUAGAUCUGGGCUGAUUAUCAAGGUGUCCCACAAAUUGGUGACAGUCUUUACUAUGCUUGUCCUUACCAGCCACAAAGUUAUCUAUGAGUUACCCAUGUGUGAGGGUCCCCUUAUUUAUAUGUUAGUGUUUGGGUAUGAUUGCUCCUCCCUCGUUGUUGUUUGCCACACUGACUAAGAAAUGCCUAAAAAGUUCUGUACCAGCACCAUGUCUCCAUAGGACUUCUGACACUGGCAUUAAAACUAUCCUUACAUUUAAAACUUUAGACACCAGCAUUUCAAUGUGGGAAUUGACCAUAAGGAAGCAGCAAUUAUGUCGCAAAAGUAACAUGUAAAUUAGGCCAGAUUCACAGCCUUCCCAGUGAUCUUUCCAGUGAUCUGAAUGUUUUAAUAUUAUGUUGGUUUAAUGUCUCAAAUUGUCAUAGCGGAGCCAUCACAUACGCAAACCAUUUGGAAAUAACCAAAAUGUCUCGAGCUCUGAACUGUAAGGCUCUGCACCUAAUUACUUUCAUGUUUAUUGAACUAAAGGAGUUGAUUUGAUCGGAAGGUAAUUGAAACCAUGAUUCCCCUCCCCUACCUAAUUAAAAAUAUGUUCAGGAGUAGUUUUGAGUAGGUUGAAGUAAAUUGAAAGUGACUGGAAGCAGCUAACAACAUCCAGAGAUGAGGAGAGAGUGCCACCUACCGGUUCAAAAAGGCAGCCUACUCCUCUGCCCCCUUUUACCCAUCAAAGAAAUGCAUGGAAUUGGGCACAAAAGGUUUUGCCAGCAGGGCAGCUUCUGUUUGGUCUAUGGAGGAUGCUUCCAGAUGGGUGCUCAAUUUGCAGAAGGGCUGUCACAAUAUCACCAAUGGGCCAUUGGCUAUCAGGUUUUCCUCCAGAAGGGUAAAUCCAGAUUAAAAGGAAUGUGUGGAAGUAUGGGCUGGCCUUUUGAGGAUAACGACAUGUGGAUGCUGCAAAAACUUGCAGGCGUGAGAAGCACCAGUUACACAGAGGGCCAUCAUUUAGAGAGAACCAACAUUAAAGAUUUUUGAAGCCAAGAUUGUGUCUCACCUCUUAUAUGGGGUUACCAUUGCAGGGAGGAACUUGAUGUACUACCUUCAAAAUAGAUUCCUGCGUACGAUAUUGGCAGUGCCACAUAAUACACCUGGAGCACUACACUCUAUAAGGCCUUAACUCUAUAAAAGUUCGUAUACACAAAUCCAUGUUUCUGUAUUGGAGGAAAAUAUCAUUGCAGCCAAAACAACACUUAGCCAAAAGAUGCUUUUUGGAUUUGCAGACAAAGAGAAGGCUGGGUAAAAUCUCGUAGAGGUCUGAUGCAGAGUUAUUUGAUCUCCCCAACAGUGAUAUUGGUAGUUGCUCCUGGUCACAAGAGUCGAAAUAUCGUGUUUAGCAAAGAUGCAAAAAAAGAUAUUGAAUAUAUAAAGAAUUGCCACCCUGCUAUUUGUUACACUAAAAUUAAAUCAGACCGCAAAAGGGUUAUAUGUACCUGCGAUAAUUAACUUUCCCCCCGUUACACGAUCUUUCACUCAGCUCAGAUUUCAAACAAUGCCUACUGAAUAUCUGGAUGGGAGAUUUACUAACAGAUCUGUAAAAGAGUACCUCUGUAUAUGUGGAUCAGGGCUUAUAGAGGAUCUGAUACAUUAUAUUUUAUAUUGUCCACUGUAUGAUUCACUCAGAGCUAAAUUUAUCUCCCCUUUUCAGAUUGCCUUAGAACAGUGAUGGCCAAACUUGGCCCUCCAGCUCUUUUGGGACUACAACUCCCAUCAUCCCUAGCUAACAGGACCAGUGGUGAUGGGAAUUGUAGUCCCAAAACAGCCAAGUUUGGCCAUCACUGCCUUAGAAGGACACCCAGAUGAAAAUUAAAUGGCUGCUGGCAGAUGUUGAUAAUUGCAUCAGCUCUAAGGUGGCACCAUUUGCACUAGCGGCAAGAAAGAGAAGGUCAACAUUUCUGGAUAGUGGAAGUGCCAAACCCCAGGGAUGCUGACCAGAAGGAAUGCUUUUACAUUUUGGACAUUGUAGAUUUGUCCUGGUCUGGUGCAUGAAAUGUCUUUUGCUUUGCAGCUGUGCGAUUUGUGUUCAUACUGCCAUGUGAUGGCUAUUGGCUAUAAACAGUAAAAUAAGAUGAUGAUGAAUACUUGGCUAUGAUGGACCAAUGAUUUGAUUGAGUGUAAGGCAACAUUUUCCAUGCAAAGCACUUCUGGCUACCCCUGUGUUAAUUGCUGCUUCCAUGUUACGCUGGUCACCCAAGUAGCCUUAAUUUGCUGGAGAGACAGCUGAUUUGAUAAGAACUAGUUCUCUAAGACAGGGCAGAGACUUCAACCCCCAGCAUAUGCUUGAUACCAAAUAGGUACAUUUCAAGAUAUUUUUGCAUUCUGGAAAAAGUCAGAGGGGACCUUGUACUGCGUGAUGUCCGUUUGCAAGGAUCAGUUUUCAAAUGUCAACUCAGGUGUUUUUCUUUUCUGCAUAGCGUUGCUGUGGAUGGAUUUGGCCAGCCCAUGGGUAUCCCAAGCCGCCCCACCACUGCUUACGGAUAUCGGCCGGAUGAACCGUACUACUACCCCUUUGGAGCCCGAUAAAACAUCCUGAUGUAUUAAACUAUUGCCUUCCCGUAUUCUUGAACUGUAGUUAAAUUAAGACUUAUCUUCGUCUUCUUAGUGCAUGGUUAUACAGUUUACGGGUCUUUGUGGUGCAUUUUCUUCUAUAUGUGUUGCAAAGAAAUGUUAGUCGUUCUGUGACUCCCUUUUUGUACAGUUUGUGCUGUAUGUUGAAAUCUAUUAACUGGAAUGUCAACACUUGUUAUGUAUAUUAAGCAACUAAUUUAAUUGCUAUUAAAUGCAGGUCCUGUAGACCGUGGUACUGAAUCCUAAGGCUCUGUGAGUUUUUAAUUAAGCUUACUACUGUUGAUGAGCAAUCAUUUUAACUGGCUUCUGAAAAAGUAAUUGAUUUAUCCUUUUUAAUGUCCCUGAAGAAGGCUGAAUAACACCCUUAAAUCCAGGGUUGGCCACCUUCUAUGAGACUUUACGAACAGAGACACACUUCGUACACCUGCUACAAGUGAUAUGUUGCAUUAGUGUCAUUGAAUAGUUCUAACACAGGUGUGCAUAUACUUUUGUGACCAUGCUGCUUGCAAACUGCAAGAGACAUCCUAUGCACAUGGUGCUCUGUGUUGUUUGAAUACAGGGAGUGGUGUCAAAAUGGUGAAAACCAAUAGGGCAAACUUGGAAAAGGUGCAUACAUCUGAAUGCCAAAUGUUGACUUUACUCUUCUUUGGCGCAACUGCGCUUAAUUUACCUCUACGUACAAGGUGUGUUUCCUGAGGAACUUGUAUUUACGUGUGUACAAGCAUAGGUGAGGCAUCCAGACCAUAGUGACAUUCUUAAUUAACUGAGACGUAAAAGUACAAUUCCACAUUUUCCAUAUUCAUAUUCUAGAGCAGUGAUGGCCAAAUUUGGCCCUCCAGCUGUUUUGGGACUACAAUUCCCAUCAUCCCUGGCCACUGGUCCAUUAGCUAGGGAUGAUGGGAGUUGUAGAUCCAAAACAGCUGGAGGGCCAAGUUUGGCCAUCGCUGUUCUAAAGGAAAAGCGUUGCUGUAGACCAGAGCUUUCCAAACUUUUCACGUUGGUGACACACGUUUUGGACAUGCAUCAUUUCGCGAUACAGUAAUUCAGUUUUGCAUCAUUUCGUGACAUAGUAAUGCAGUUUUACUAGCAAACUUGAGGUUAAACUAACCCCUUCCAGCCCCAGGAGAGAGUUUGUGCAACACACCUACACACUGCAGCCAACACACUAACAUGUCGCAACACACGGUUUGGAAAGUUCUGCUCUAGACAGAAUGUGCCUUUCAAAGCACAGGUGUAUCUUUCUGCUUAAUUAUAUAGCACUGCCACCCCAGGAGAAUACUAUGUUGCAAGGAGCUGCGUUGCCAAGAAGCCCAGCGUAUGCUGCAUGGAAUAAUGGUGUGCGAAUCAGGACUGACUAUAUAGUAGACAUUAACAGAAAGAUUCAUCUUUGAAACACAGACCCUCCACCUUCAUUUGUGCCAGGUCUCUCUUAACUAUGCUGCACUUUGUAUAUCACUAAUAUGGCAAAACGAUACUAAUCCUGAACUACAUUUUAUAAACUGCAAUGGACGUUUUGACUUCUCCUGUAUUUGAGCUUCAAAAUGACUUGGCAAACCACAUCCUAAUGUCUCCAUAUCGUAUGGAGCAAGGAUCAUACUUGGUGAAAUGAAAAAUGUGUGCUGGGGAAAAAAAACCCCAGACCUCCCACUCUGGUAAUUUCUUUCCAUGUUCAUUUUGCUAUCCAAAAUACUCCCAGGAAAUAUCUCCCCAGAGUCCUUUUACUACAUUUAAUGGAGAACUAUUUGUUUUAAUGACUGUAGAAGCUGUCUGUUUGUGUUGCUUUUUUGUUAAAAUGCUGGAGCAAUUGAGUUGGGGGGCCUUAGACAUACGCAGACCACCUGCCUUGAGUGUUUGGUUCUCACCUCAACGACUCACACUUCAGACCCCUUGAGCGGUUACUAGCAGGCUUCCCAGUGUGCUUUGGGGCUGAACACACAAAUCCCACAGAAAGGAACUAUGGAAAUAAAUUUUAAUAGCAGCUAGACUGGUUUAAUCUGAUCCUGGAUGCAGUCCCAUAAUAUAUGAAGCAGGAGGGUUUAUUAAUUUCUGUAGUAUUUUGGCACUAUAUUAAAAUGCCCCGGCUCAUGCUAGCUUUCUCCAGACGCUGGUGGCGUUAUUAAUGUUACUGACCCUUACACGUUGCCCCACUACACAGAAUACAUCCUUCACCUGGGCUUGUGUCUGAUACUAAAAUGAAAGAUUGAUUGUCCAUAAAUUACUAAUAUGCAAUGCGACAAGCACACAGAGUUUAUGUGUACAGAGUUAGGCCAGCAUCUCCUAGAAUCUAGGGGCUGGAUUAUGACUUUCAAAUACUGGCUAAAAAUUCAUUUUAAUACAGACACGGAAAGCUUACUAACUUCUUUAUUGAGAGAUACACAUAAUUCUACAUGGUUUUCUGAUACUACCCUCAAACUCAGGCAAAUAGGGAUUGCAAUAGGUUCCCUUCUUCUAGUGGAUGACUCACAAAUCUCUCUCAUCAAGCAGAGGCUGCUAGAUCAUGAAACCCAAAAAUUCUACCCCUCACAGCCUUUUUAUGCACAUCUGCUUAUUUGGGAUUGCAGCCCCACCAUGGUGUCAUGCCUAAUAAUUUAGAAACUUCAUUGCAGAGCUUUUAUGCUAGCUCGUCUAAAUGCAUUCCCCUAUCAUCUGUAUUGUUUGGAAGGUUUCAAAAAAUCCCCUUCCAGAACAGAUUCUGUCCCUGUAUUAAGAAAACACCAGAUACAUCACAUAAUUUUGGAUUGCCCUCUUCUCUACACCCAUUGCAGAGAUCUCCUAGUGACUCCCUUACAGCUCAAAAUGUUGUUUUGCAAAGAGUCUGUAAUCCAGUAUUUGCUGAGAGAUGCUACUCCCGAAACCAAGAUUGUUUCCGGGUACUUGGCUGAGAUCUUUAAAGCUAAAUCUAAAGUUGCCUGAUUUAUUCAGUGGUGAAUAUCUAGCCUUCAGUGGCUUCAAAUUGCAAGAAAGGAGAUUCCGACUAAACAUCAGGAAGAACUUUCAGACAGCAAGAGCUGUCGGCAGUGGAACAGACUCCCACGAGAGGUGGUUGACUCUUCCUCCUUGGAGGUUUUUAAGUAGAGGUUGGGUGUGUUAGGAUAUUGAUGUUCCAUUCCACCUUAAAACAGAUGUGUGGAUUGUUGUAUGUCACAUGUCUGUUUACACUCCAGCACAGCUUGCUGGGAAUUUUUGUUUGUGUGGAUAGCUUUUGCUUUUGCUCUUGGACACGAAAGGGAGAAGACAUGUUUUUCCUUUGUCCUGACAUAUGCUGAAUAAACUGCCUGUAAAUAUACUUUC